GGGGGUCGAGCGAAGGAGGCGGCCUGCCGAGGCCCUGCCCGCCGCCGGGGGGAUUCUCGGCUCGGCCGCCUGAGCCUGCCAGCUUUCCGAGGCUCGUUAGAGGGAGCUGUCGGCCGGAGGGAGCGGCGCUUGCUGCAGUGAGGGGCCCGCUCCUGCCUCGCUCGCUGCCGCUUCCACCACCACCAGUACCACCGCCUCCUCCUCCUCCUCGGGAGCCGGAAAGGAAGCGAGCGAGAGGGACCUUCCGAGCGCCAAGAGGCGAAGAGGCGGCGGCGACGGGCCGUCGCGGCGGAGCCUCUUCCCGGCGCGAGAGGUGGGCGAGGGCUGGCCGGGCCCUGUGGCGGCCGCCGGCCCGCCGCUAUGCAUCCCGCGAGCUCCUGGGAGCCGGCCUGGGGAAGGCAGCCGGCCGGCCGGAGGUACGGAAACACCCCCGCGGCGUCCGCGCUUACCCGAGAAUAAAUGGGGCGCUGGUUGGGGGGUGGCGGGAAAAGGGAAAGCAGGAGCGGCGGGCGCGCGCGCGCACGCGUGUAUGUGGAGGGGGGGGGAAUCGCCGUUCAUCCGCCUGCUGGGGCUUUUGGAGAGGCAGCUCCCUCCGGAGAAGCGGAGGACGGGUUCCCGCGCCCCUUGGCGCCCUUGAGAGGGUCCCCGCUCCACAGCUACCGCGCGGGCCGGGAGGAGGCUCCCGGUGGGGCUUUCCCGGGGUCCUUCCUCCUCUUCUAGGGGAGGAGGAGGAGGGUCUCCCCCUGUCGCCCUUGAGAUGGAUUCCCCCUCAGGCUGAAAGGGUAUGGGGUCUUCUUGCCCCCCUUCCUCGCUGCUGCUUUUCUACGCCCUUUUUAAGAGAGGGGGGGUGAACAUGCCACCUCCUCGGGCAGAUUCAAUACGGACAUUGGUCCCUCUGAAUUCGGAUUGAGGGGGCGGGGGGGCCGUCACCCCAAUAGUGCCCUUGAGAGGCCAGCCCUCUCUGGGCAGGAGGGAAAGGGCUUCUCACCAGGGGGGUGUCCUUAAGAGCCUCCUCUUUCCCGACAACCGGGAAACUCGCCCCACUGACGCCCUUGCGAGGUUCCCUUUACACGGAAUGCAUGGCGGUGGUAGUCAUUGCCCUAUGGAUGCUCUUUUGGAAAGUCCCCUUAUUUCGGGUGCCCUUGAGACAAUUCCCCGCAUGGUGGCGGCGGGAGAGAAGGGAAUGGGCAGUUUCAGGCUCUGGAAAAGGUCACUUCCCAAAACCGACAGCUCAAGGCGGGAGUACAAGGGAAGGACUGGACUACUUCUCGGGGGCAGCCUGACCUCAUCCCAGCUUCUUUUCGUUGUAUGGUGGAGAGACUGAGAGCCCACCUUACUGAGGAGCAGAAUGGCACCGUUUCUGCCCUUGAGAGGACCUUCCAUCCCGAGUGGCUCACCCCGAGGACCCCCCCCCUUUCCCCAGUGGGUGAAUACUCGACAUGUGGGUCACGCCUGGUGCUCUGAUCAGAGCCUGGGUGUUCCCCAGCAUUGCCUGGCAUCUGCCUCUUGUCGCCCUUGCGACAACCUAUGGGGUAGGUUGAGGUGGGGCAGCGGAUUAAUAAUAACAAUAACAAUAAUAAUCGAAGCUAUCCGGCGUGCAACUCGGAGAUUCCUUCCGAGAGCUGCCGAGCCCCUCCCUCCUCUCUGUGGGGCCCAUGCAGGAAGAGCACCGCCGAGUUCUUCCUACUUCUCUAUAUUUGAAUGGGGCGCAGAUGCGUCCCUUUCCCCCCGGCUCUUCACAGGGUGCCCCCCCACCUUCUGCCCCCAAAUACGCUGCAGGAGCAGAUAGGUAACGGGGCGGGGAGUUCCCGAGACGACCUCUAUCCUCCCCUUCCUCGCCGCGCCUCUGUACCCCAACAGGUGUCGCGCAUGCUUCUUCCUCGUCCUCCGCCCUCUUGCCCUGCCCUCUUGCACCCCACCCACUUCGGUGGGAGAUGCGGGGGACACCCGCCCGAGGGGCUGCUGGCCGCCAAGCUUAGCCUAGGAGAGCCGGGCGCGUUAGGCCCUGAAAGCCGCGACUGGAGGAGGCGGCGGCGGCGGCGGAUUUAGCCGCAACCCCGGGACAAAUCCUCUUGCCGGCGACCUCCCUCGCCGGGCUGGCAGCCCCCGGCGUUGGCGCCGCUUCUCUCUUCCCUCUCCCGUUCGCUCGCUCGCUCGCUCACUCCGCGCCUUUCUCCCCCCCCCCCCCGCACUCAGGGAGCUGCAGACGGAAUAGGGAGCCGGCUCCCAGCCCGUUACUUUGGGGCCAGGCCAGCCACCUCCGUGUCCAUGAGCCCGCCGCCCUCCUGUCAGAGCUGCUGCUGCUGCUGCCGCCGCCGCCGCCGCCACCUCCUUCACCAGCAGCCGCUGCCAACUAGGGCGCACAUUGCUGCCGCCGCCGCCGCCGCCGGGCCCAGUUCGCUCGGUCCUGCCAUCUCCUUCCCUCUGCGCAGCAGAAGGUGAGUGAUGAUCCGCGGAGUCCCGUUGGUUGGCUUGGCGUUGUGGUUGCCCACUAUCCCUUUCCUGCCUUCCACAGGCUGCUGGCGUCCCCCCCCCCUUCCUAGUCCUCGUUAGUCUUCUCCCCCCCCUCAUUCCUGCUUUCCAUUUCCAGCCUGGGAUUCUCUGCCCUUCCCUCUCCUGUUUAUCUCUGCUUUUACCUACUGGCUGCCCCCUAAUAUGUUUGGAUGUCCAUGCUUUCCUGACUAACUUGAAGGCUAGAGAGGCCAUUUCAGGUAUUCUAAUGUCUGGCUUCAAUGCUUACUGGUUGUAACAGCUAAAAGGUCCUCUCAGUGCAGCUGGUGGUUGCCUGUUUUCCUCUCAGUCACCUCCCCCUGUUAACUAAAGGGGAGUUGUCACCCUGCUUUUAGUGUAACCCAUAAUAAUUUCCCACUUUGUUUGUUGAGGGGGGCAGACAAAUGGACUGCCCCUUAGUGUACAGUUACUGCGUUUGAUUGUCUUCUUGCAGCAUGGAAUGUACAAAUGUGCGUUUCCUUUUCAUCCGUGCUAUAACUUUACAAGACUGAAUUAUGAUGAUGAGGUCCAUUUACAGUUUAUUUAUGCGAUUAUACUCAUAUGUGUCUGUAAAAACAAAGUGAAACCCUAGGUCCACAGGGAAGGGUUUUCUGAGAUUUCUUUACAACCUCCACAAACAUAGUUCAACAACUAACACAAGUGAUCCUUUUGUAGCGAGGUAGAUUGUGGUGUGUCAGUUUUUAAAAGUAAGCUUGGGUAUAUGCAUUCUGUGCGGUAGACCCAAGUAAAAAUCCUAAGCUCCUUAUCAGGCUGGAAAGAUAGUUAUGACUCAAUAGAUGAUGUGUGUGCAAACAGGCCAAUUAGUGGGGGAAAUCUUUGCUAUGGUGACUCAAUACAUACAAAGCACAUAACUGUUUCUUUGAAAUAAGGCCUUGUUGGACAUUGGUAAGCAGGAAGUUGUCUUCUUCGUGUUGAGUAAUUUCUCUCUUUCUUAUUCUGUAGGAAACGACUACAGACUCCUGUGUGAAGAGAAUGGCUGUGACUUUAGAACAGGCCCGAAGGGCGGCCUAUAUAUUUCUGAAAGCACUCUUAAGAUUUGGCUUCAUGGUUGCCAAUAACCUUGUUGCUAUUCCGUCCUACAUUCUGUAUUUAAUAGUACUGCAACCUCUCCGAUUGUUGGAUAGUAAACGGUUCUGGUAUAUUGAAGGAGUAUUAUUUAAAUGGCUUUUAGCUAUGGUGGCUUCCUGGGGCUGGUGUGCAGGAUAUACAGGUAAGAACAACUUACUACUUGAAAUUGAUUAUGCAUGUAUACAGAAGUAAACCUAUAUGUGGAAGUCUCCUAAAGUCUUUUUAUGUAUUAAUAGAGAUUUAUAUUCAAUGCUUGUCGAAUAGCAGAAUUUUGGCUUAAAGACACACUUGACCAAAGGGAGGAGGGGGUAGGACAGGUUGACUUCCAUGGGAAAGAGGAAGCCCUUUUGAAAUCGGUGAGAUUUGUUGCAAAGUAAAUACAAACAUAAUAUAUACUUAUAAGGCUUCCGGAAUAGAAGGACACUUCAUGCCCUUCCAUGGGAUCUAUAUUGGUGAGAACUCCUUAACUCCAUCAUCAGGAGUGGUGGGUGCAUUUUGCCCUCACUUCAAAACAGCAAUACUUUGCUGUUUUCCACCUGGCUUAAUAGUAAACGCUCACAGGUUUUAUUCUUCCUGAGCUCUAUCCCAGAUUGUGUCUUAAGAUUGUGAUAAAGUGUAACAGAAUAUUGGGAACUGGCUUUGUAAAGUGCAUGAAUUAUAUGUGCACAUUUAAUGAUAUUAAAUGUGCAAACUGGAAAACAUGGGCAUUCGGUUAUGAAUGCUGACAGCUCUAGAUACAUUUUGUGAAUACUUAUGUACAUAUUUCUGUGACUUACCAUUUACCAGAUUUUGGACAAUCGAAAUUUGUGGAUAUGCCAGUGAACAACAAUCACUUGUCUGUGUUUGUAAAAGGGGAAAUAAUACAUAUAUUAUAAAUAGUUUGACUAGACAGGUUUGCUUUUUCUGAAAUUCUUAAUAAGUGACUUCCAUUUUACUAAUGGCUUCCCGAACUAUAAAGAUGCAUGAGGACUGUUCUUGGCUUGCUUUUGUUUGUUAGAACAGUGUGUAAUAGUAGCUUUUGGAUAUUGAUAUGCUCACAGUUUAAAAAAAGAGGUAGAUAACUCAGUAUCUACGGAAAGUCCCAUGCCUCUAUGCUGCAAAAUGUUCUCUUAUCUACUGAUAUAUAUGUAUAUAUUUUGUAGAGCUUAGACACGAUCAUAGUGCCUCUCAGCACUAACAGAAACUAAUACUGUAGGACUUUUAAAGAACCUGAGCUAAGUGCAGGCAACAAAUGAUUUAGGCGUGUCUGAAUGACAUGCGAACGAUCACAUAUGAUGCUGAACCCAGAAGUGGACCCCCCCCCCGCAAACGUCAUAAAGACGUUACAAAAAGGGAAGUGGUGGGCUUAUGCCUCCACUGAUGUGUUCGGCGUCCAGAACAUAACCCCCAUGCGAAAAGAGAAUUGCCUGUAUGUUUAUGGGGGGGGGGAUUUCCAGUAGUUCCUAGUCAGUAUAUUUUAAUUAGAGUCUUUGUCAGUAUAGCACUAGAAUCUAGAAAGAACUUCCUCACUUCUCUGCAAAGUAGGCUUCAAGAACAGCUGUCCUUUUUAAUAAUAUGCCAUGUUCUAUUCUAUCAUGGGCUUUUCUGAGUAAAACCUUUUUUUAAAAAACCCAGAUGCUUUAAGAUGAGGUUUUGUUGGUAGUUAUCCAAUGAUUCCAGCUCAUGUUCAUAUUAUAUAAUGUUCUCACUAAAGUUUUAAUUGGCCUACAAUGUGAAUGCGGUGCAAGUUUGUAUUUUUGUUAGUCUUUUGUCAUUCACGAGCAACAUUCACAAAAGGUACAAAUAGCUGGAGUGUGGCUCAAAGGUGCUUUUAAGGACCCUUCGCUGUAAUGCAUCCCACAUCUUUGGGGCUUCUUGAGUAGUGCAGUGCUUCAGAAGUGCUCACCCCGUUAUAGAGGUUAAUCAGAUACUCAUUUUCAUGCUGUAGAUUUCAAAGAUGUCUAUUCAGAAAAAGUCUACAUAGUAUUCACAAUGGAAAGUUUCCAUCUGAGGUCUUCACACACACACAUUGAAGAAAAAUUCUUCCAGCAAGGAUUGAGGAUUUUGAUGCUUUACUGUGUUAUGUAUGUGAGGUUACUGUAAAAAUGAUGAGGUUAAAGACCUCGUUUAUUAUCCUGAGGAUGUAAUAUGACAGUUUUAGUUAAAAUUCAGGCCAAUUGUUCUGUGAUAUUAGAUGAUGUUAGUGGUUCUGAAAGGCUUUUUUGUUUUUAGUUCAUUUCUUCUGACAGCAGGUGAAGGUUUUUUCUUCUGCCUGUUGCGUGAAAGGCAUUAUCGGCAUAAGGUAUAUUCGUAAUCUGCCACUGAAAUUAUGACAGACCUAUUAGUUCUUUUUUUCCUUUACAAACUUAAGAAUUGUAUAGGUUUGUUUAGGAUUCAUAUAUGGUCCUUGUUAGCAUAUCAUGCUAAUAAUGCACACCGUGACUUAACCACUUUGCUCCUACAGUUGUUCUGCUGAUUUAAACCAUGGUUUGGCUUAGCAUGUCAUCCAUACCUGAGCUCAAGGUUUAGCGCGCUCUAGACAAACCACAAGCUGUAAACCAUAGUACAAACUUUGAUUACAGCUCCUUACAAGCAUGGGUUCAGACAACACAUUAUGCCAGCCAUGGCUAAAGCUGCAGAAUAACCAGAGGAGAAGAAAAGUAGUUGUAAUCACCUCUCUGGGAGCCUACAUAUUGUUUGUUCACACUAAUGUUUUGGCUCAUUCAAACUAUACCAUUGUCAACAAAGUGGUGAUAUCAUUCUGUUUAUGCUAUACAUGAAGAAAUUAGUUGAACAUAUGAAAUUGUAGGAGCCAGUGCAUUUUUUCCUGUAGAUGUUUGUGUUAAGAAAGGAGAAGUACAUUUCUUAUUCCCUGUUUCCCUCCCCUCCCCAAUUAUCAUUACCUCAGGCGUUCCAUAUACCUAUAAUACUUGUGAAUAUGUUCUUAAAAGACUUGAUGUGCUCCUUAGUGUUUAGAAGGUAAGUGCCAGUGCUUAUUUGCAUAAGAUCACAAAUUCUGGAAGAUUUAGAAAGUGGCCCUAAAAAAGAAAAUCUCUUUCAGUUCUUUCUUUACAUUUGUACCAUGUGCUUUACAGUUAUGUCAUCUGUUAGCGUUUGCUCUAGCAUUUGUCUUCAACUCCGCAGGUGUCAACAUUUAUUUGCAUUCUUGUGCUAAAACAGAGUGGAACUGUGAUGCAGAGUUCAGAUGACUGCUUCUUUGCCUAAAUAUUCUAUUUAUGGUGACAAAUUGGUUUUGCCACAAACCUCCCAGAAAUAUUUUUGUGGCCUAGUAAUUAGCUGACUUGUCUACUAUUAUAAGAGUACUUGAGAGUAUUUAUGCUUGGUUAUAUAUUUCUGCUUUCAGCUGUUUCUAAACAUGUGCUCUUCAAUAACACUCAAAAGAAAACACAAAUCUCUUGUUAACAAACUGUUCUUUGUUUUCUGUUUUUGAUAUAAAGCUUCAAUAUUAAGGCCAAACCAGGCAUGACAGUGCUUGUCCGCUGUCUGCACCCUUCACGAAUAAACUGAAGGGUGUGUGUGUCUAUAUUUUUAACACCAAAAGAGGUGCACAUGUGAGGAAAGCUGAACAGGUUCUCAGUAUUGUCAUAGGCAUUUUUAUUUCGUCCUUGGUUACUUCUGGUGUUGGAGUUGGGUUUAGAGAUAAAGGAAUUUGGGCAACAGACUACAUAAGAGUAAGGUAGGAUGAAAUUCAACUGAGACUUCUUAUUUUCUGUGACCAGUUCCUGGGAAGGGUCUUCCCAGAAAACUAUAUAUCAAAACUAACUAUACUCUUUGCUUUGAGCUAUUCUUAGUACUAAGUGGAUGAAAUUAUAAUAGGAAUGGUAUUAUUGCAUGUCCUCAUCUACACAUCACUGAUUAUUCAUGAACAGGUGGAACCAUAUGUUUGGAUCUUUAACCAAGAGUCAUGGUGUGCCAUGGAAAAUUGAGUCUCCAAUUAAAGAAAUUGGUAUUGAGAUCAAGACUGAGAGAUACAAAAUGUCUAUGUACAUGGUUUAUUACAAGAAAGGGAAAAAGGUUCACUGAAUUACAAAGGCAUUAUUUAGAUUGGGUGGCAACUAUGUGGUUAAAUCUAUAGAGAAUAGAAGAGAUUGGGGCAGAUAGAAUGAGAAGGAGGGAUGUGCCGAUGCUGAGAGAAUUUGGAAAAAGACACACCAAAUAAAGGAAGGGUGACUGGUGCUACGCAGAUACAAAGGGAUUCAUGUUGGAAUAAGGAGGAGGAAUGAAGAGGUAAAUAACAGUUCAUUUGGUGACAGAACUUGCUUGAGAGUUUGAAAAGGGGAAAAAGAAAGUAGAAUUAGAGAAGGAAAACCCAAGCAUAGAUACUGAGCCCAUUCACCCAUCAUAGUAAGCCCUAAACUAUGACUUAGUACGAACAAGCAGCUCACUAGUGCAUACCGUUGAAUUGCUCCUGCACUGGGAGGUAGGACCAACAGAACUCAGUGUUGGCUUACUGUGAACUAGUGCUUUUGGUUUGUUUCUCCAAACAAGCCGCAGUUGGUAAGCCAAGAGUGUUUUGAUGUUUGUUGGGAGGUCACACAAGAACUGGGGCUUUCUGUUGUCCAUUAAUAGGUCAUAAUUUGUUCUCAUUAUUAGGUUACAGAUAACUUGGUUUUUUGUGCAUCCAAUAACCUGAGGCAUAAAAGACCAGGCUGCUCUUUUUUCCAUAUAAAUAGAGGGUCACAGCUGGCUUGGCAAACAUUCCAGCUAGCGAAGAGACUGAGAGACCAAAGUAGGAGUGUGGGGACAAAGUGGAAGUGAAUUCGUAGACUCUGGUGACAGGAUGUUCAAAGGAUAACAGUGCAAAGUUCAGUGCAGCAUGCAACUAUAGUUUAUAAAUUUACCUCCAUCUGGUUGUGGAACAGUGUUGACUGAGUUGUAGUAAAACACCCAAGGAUGAACUUUGUAAUUGCCAUGGAAUAACGCAAUAUGAAAAACCUAAUAUAGCUGGUUUUCUUUUUUAGUCCUUAUUUCUGAGUGUUCAGUAUACUGUAUUUUCAAAACUCUCAUGCGAGGUGGAAACACUCCUUUUCUUCAAUAGAAUUAUUUGAUUCUCAGGAUUUUAAAGAACUAUUUAGGCAGUAUAGCUAGCACAAGUGCCUUGGGGAAACACGUUGACUGCCUCCGCUACUGAAGAGACCGAAAAGCAACUUUCCAUUAUUGACACCAUGCAUAGAAGAUGGAGCUCAAGAACUGUUAACAUGGGGAGGAUGUGACACAUGGUAUACAGUUUUUCUUUCUGCAGUAGGCUUCCUAGGCUGUACCUAGUUUCUGAUAGAUUAAUUGUGGGUGGGAAAUGACACAGUUGGAAAAAGUAUAAAUUUAUAAAAGAAAGUGAAUGUGUUUUACAGUUGUGGCCUAUGCAAAAUAUCUUGUGGUAACCUCUGCCUUUUUUAGCUUCACCCACAUUUACCUUAACUUAUUCAUAUUGUGUAAGAUGUGUGCCUUUGGGCUAGCUGGAAAAGAAGAUCAGGAAAGAAAUUUGCUUAUUUAUUACAGUGCUUUUCUUAUUCAUAUUUAAAGCUAGAAUCUAAUUUUUUUAAAAAAAAAUACAAUGUGUUGCAGUAAAAUUACCAAAGAAUAAAUCAUCAGAGGAUUUUUCUUGCCUGUCUCUGGGAUUAUAAUAUUAAAGGGAAUUCACGUCUAACAGAUGUGAUUAUGUAAUUGUCACUUGACAAAGUGUCUUACUGGUGUUGAGUUCUAGAGUAGGUGGGCUGUGCCACUCAGAAGGCUACUUUGGUCCCUGCUGAAAUUCAGAAACAGCUCAGGUCUCUCCAGCAGUUUUGGAGGGAGGUUACCAUAGCAAUCCAUACAUUAUAUUUGGCUCCUAGAUUUCUAAGAGAAACUCCUUACAGUGGACGCUCGGGUUGCGAACGUGAUCCGUGCGGGAUGCACGUUCGCAACCCGCAGCGUUCGCAACCCGCGUCUGCACACGUGCGGGUUGUGAUUCUGCGCAUGCGCAAAGUGCGAUUUAGCAUUUCUGCACAUGCACGACCUCCGAAACCCGGAAGUAAUCCGUUCCAGUACUUCCGGGUUUCGGCGGUCUGCAACCCGAAAAGAUGCAUCCCUUAGCGGCUGUAACCCGAGGUAUGUCUAUUCUUCUUUAAAACUUUGCUGGAGUUGUGGUGUAGGCAGGCUUCAGGUAACCUAUUCAUUAGCAGAGAGGUGGCAUAUACACCUUUCAUAAAGUUCUACAGCUUUAAUUGGUCUUAAUGUAUACAAUUGUAUUUUGAUUACCAUAUUUGCUUGGAUUUUCCUCAUUGUAAACUGCUUUGGAAUCUGUUAACAAUAAGUGAUCUAUAAAUGGACAAAAUAGAUAAUUAUGGGCUAUGGAGCCCUGGCAGAAUUCUGAGAACAAACAUUUGAAGUGGUAGACAUGAAUUAGAUGAAGCACUGGAAAAUGGAAGUGGAGUUGGGAAAGGCCUUCUGGAGGUGUCCCUGAAUGGUUGGGGGUCACAUCGAUGAGGACUGCAUUUGUCUUUAGGCACAUCCAUUUUUGGCUAUACUAGAACCACCUCACUUUGAGGGAAAAUAAAAUGAAAACCUGUUUUCUAUGGAAUAUCUCAUCUCCAAAGAGUAAGGCGUGUCCAUACAGAGAAGGAUAAGUUUGCACUCGAACCAUAUUAUCCACUGAGGGUGUGGUACAUCUAAUUUCAUGUGUUAUCAAAGGGGACACUGCUGCUGGGAUUGUAGAAAGGGUAAUAAUACACAACAGAUCACAACUGAGGCAUUUGGUUACUGCACACAGAAGACUCUUCUGCAACAAGUUGAUUCCCAAGGAGGAAUAUCAGGAUUUCAGCUAUUGAUUUUGCUUUCUCUGGCAGGGACCUGCAACUUAAAUUUGCUGGCAUGCGUUUCGGUUUUUGUGUAUGGAUUAUAGCCUAGGGGAGUUACAAUUGAGUUGAAUUGGUGAGAAGAUAAAAGGGUUUCCGCACAAUGAUAAGGAUGAUAUUGCUGCAAUUCUGAAAGAUGUUUACCACAGCAUAAUUUUGAAGAAUUGUCCCUUGUUUCAGAAGCAUCCAGCAUCCUAGAGCUUGGGGUAGCUAUAUUUCAGAACGUUGGACUUUCACAUUCUUUCCUAGAAUGGAUACCACACUCAAGGCUGUGUGUGUAGCUGCCUUGAGUUCCACCAGGGAAAAAGAUGUGGGCAAGUUGUUGUCUCUCAUCCUUAAAUUUCCCAUCUGCAAAAUAGGAAUAAUAUUGAGCUUAUUUUUUAGAGUAUUUUCCUUUUUUAAAAAACAUGUUUAACCCAUGAGCUUCAAAAUAGGGCAGAAUAAUAAAGCAAAGGAAUUGCUGUAGUUGAGGAUGUGCAUUGCACAGAAUCCAGAAUGCACAACUUGUCAAUUGUUCUCUUCUCACCUGGAUUGUAAGGGAACUGCAUACCUGUGCCUGCUGUCUGCACCCAGAUGUUUGACAUCCAAAAUGGCUUGGAAAAGAAACAGAUUUAUUUGUUAGGUUUGUUUUCCCCCAUCCUCCUCUCUGUCACUUGACUUGCCCCUAGUGAGUCAUACUGCUGAUUUUUGCUUAGAAGCCUGGGAGAAGAAAAAGAGGGGGGGGGCUGGAAUAGAAGGGAGCGAAUCAGUUGGACAUCUUUUCCCUUCUGUUUCUUCUUCCUCUUCUGCUGUCACUUGGCUCACCCAGGGCAUGUGUGCACCCUUUUUAUUCUACUGGGCGGGGGGGGGGGGGGGCCUAGCUCUGUACUCAAGAGAAAGAUGAAUGGUGACAGCACAAGCCUUAGGGAGUUCAAGUGACAACUGAGGAGGGUGGAACAGAAGGAAACACACAGGCCAAAUUAAUCCACUCCCUUUCCCAGCCAUGUCUACCUGUUUUCCCCAGGGUCAGUUGCAGGUUAAGAACACAAAGGAUUAACUUUGUUUGACUAGAUGAUCUCUAGGCCCAAGCAGCUUUCUGUUUGCAUCCAAAGGUGCUUUGUGCAAAUAGGCACUUCUGCAAUUCCAUCAGUUUUCCUCUUAUCUCGUUGCACAUCAUAGAGGAUCCUUGUCCCUCAAACAGACUUCAAGUGGGCUUCAGUAGAGAAGAGAGGUGGGAAACUCCUUUUGCAUGUACAGAAGUCUGUUUUCACUUCUUUGGAUCAAACCCUUCAGGUUGAUGCCAUGGAUGCAAGAUCAGUACAGAUUAAACAGCAUGUAAUAAUAAUAUAAAAUCAAAUAAUUAUCUAAAUGGAAUAGAAGGUAAUGUAUGUGAACUUGUAUUACUUGGUGUUUGUUUGCUUGCUUGCUCAGUGGCCUAAUCCAGAUCUCGCUCCACACAUAGAAGUGGAGGGUCUGGAUCCAUGAAGGGGUGGCUGUUAGUGACAGCUAGAAAGCAAAAGGGUUUCUAGUGCAAGAAAUCCCCCCUUCCCCUUAUCUUACUCUGGUUGCUGUAUACAUCACAUUGAAACUCACAGUUCUCCCAUCUUCUGUUGGCUUACAUUCCUAAUGUCAAGUCUUCCCUUUCUGGCAUUCUUUCCCCAUCCUCAGCCACCUCUUCAUUCCUGGCUUUCCUUCCUACCAUACCUUUUUAUAUAAAGGGAGUGGAUGUUGUAGAUUAUUACUUGGGUUGCAUUGUUGAUAGCAUUUUUCAAAAACUGAUCGCAAAUAUUAAGCUCAAUUUAGGUUAUGUGAGGCAGGUUGCUACAAGAUGCGUAUUGGAAUGCAUGUCGUGUUAAAAGCAAUGCAGCGUGAAUAGGCAGCUUUCUCUCUUAGAUGCAUGGAUGGUUAUUCAUCCAGUGUACACUAUAGUUGUCAAUCUAAGUGAUGUAUGCAUGAAAGCCUGCUUCUGCGUGCAGAUUGGGUUUUUUUAAAUUAGAGCAGAACAAAUCCAGAAAAGCAUGGAGUCAUUGCUGGCGGUCCUACUGUUGCUCUGCCUCACCGCAGCUGCAAUACACCAUGCCUGCCACAGGAAAUGUAAGGGCAAUGGUUCUAAUGGAUUUUAUGGGCACCGCUUUAAAACCACAGCUUUUAUAGACAGUUGGCAAUAACUAAAUUAUGACUUGUUUGAUUCUGUCAGGGUGCGUCCAGACUGGCAGAUUUUUAGGAUUCCUUUGCACAAACUGCAUCUGUAUUGUUUUUAUGUCUUUCUUGCAGGGGAUCCAAUUAAAUCUGUACUAAACAAAAUGAUGUGAGCGAAUUCAUACUGUGAUACCAAUUAAGCUGUGCUUUCUAUAGUCCUGUGGUUAGAUGAGCAUUUCUUACUGGAAGCAAAGUGUUCUACCAUUGCCACUUCUUGCACUAUUAUAUGAAUAAACAAGAAGUACUUCAGUUAUGACAAGGAUUAUGAUUUUUUCCUUUUCUGGCAAUUGGGACCAAACGAUUUCUCAUGUUAUUAAUAAUGGAUUUAUUCAGUGCUGUUUUUCUAGAGAAAAGAGGUGCCAGAACUCACCAUGAACACCUCCCUCGCUCUCUUAUAUGGCGCCCACCUGAGAGGUACCGGAACUGAGUUCUGGCUAAAAAAUUGAAAUUCAGCAUGCUUUUUGGGAUGGGAAGUAUGUGAGAAUGGAGACUAGAAACAACUGAAGGGACUUCUGCUUAAAUGACACAAAAGAAGAAAAUGUGCAAGUAAAUCUUUUUAUUAUUUGCCUCUAUGAGUAAAACUUACCAGGGUGUUCUUCCUGAGGUGACUCUCUGAAGCGUACAUCUUGUACACUCUUAUCAGAAUAAUAUGGACUGAUAAAGCAAGCAGGAUCACAGGAGAGGAUGGGUAUAGCAAAAAUGUACUUGUAAAAUUGUAUGUUUUGAUUGUAGUUUUUUUUAUUUUUUAAAAAAUCCUAUUGAGUUCCAUAGAACUUAAUAGAAUUUUGGUUGUAGAUUUAAAUAACUAGAUCAGCAUGAAAGAGCUUCUCAUAUCCAAGAAAAGUGGAAUGUUUUGUAACUUGCAUAAGGUUAUCAUUUGCAGCACCAUUGCUGACAGGAGUGAGGCCUUGUCGGCAUGUAACACCAGUGGUCAGAAACCUGCACUGGUUGCCAAUUUGCUACCAGGCCGGGUUCAAAGUGUUACUAUUAGUAUAUAAAGACCUUAACAACUUAGGGCCAGUUUACCCAUGAGAUCGCCUUACCCUGAGAAUGUCAACCCAACCACUUUGAUCGGCGGAAUUGGCACCACUACAGGUGCCACAUAAUACAUGUUCCACAUUUGUAAGGACUCGAUUGUUAAGUGUGGCAGAGCCUACACUUUGGAACUCCUUGCCCCUUGAGUACUGUGCUUUCACAGGGCUCUUUUCUGCGCCUGUUAAAAACAUACCUGUUUAGACAAGCCUAUUUAGAGAGUCAGUGUGGUAUAGUGGUUAAGAGCAGUGGACUCAUAAUCUGGUGAACUGGGUUUGUUUCCCCGCUCCUCCACAUGCAGCUGCUGGGUGACCUUGGACCAGUCACACUACUCUGAAGUCUCUCAGCCUCACUCAGCUCACAGAGUGUUUGUUGUGCGGGAGGAAGGGAAAGGAGAUUGUUAGCCGCUUUGAGACUCCUUAGGGCAGGCGGAGGCAAACUCCAGGCCUCCAGAUGUUUGGGGCUACAAUUCCCACAUCCCUGACCACUGGUCCUUAGCUAGGGAUGAUGGGAAUUGUAGUCCCAAACAUCUGGAGGGCCGGAGUUUGCCUAUGCCUGCCUUAAGGGGAGUGAAAGUCAGGGUAUCAAGUCCAAACUCUUAUUUUUCUAUCCAGAAGCUUAGAGAGUUGAGGUAAUUUUAACCCAUUUCAGUAUUGUAACUUUUGCAUGUUUUAGAGUAGGGUUGUGAAUCUUUCUUGAUUUUACUGUUUUGUCUUCUGUAGACCGCUUUGCGGUGCAUACAUUUUAUUAAAUAAAUAAAUGACUAACAGUUACAGAUUAGAGGUGUUUUGUGCCUUACGGGUGUUAUUCAACCAAGUCUCACUCAAAGUAGACCCAUUGAAAUUAAUGAAUAUGACUAAGGUCCGUUGCUACUAACAUGAGUUUGACCAAACUGCGGGAGGCAGUGGAAGACGGAAGUGCCUGGCCUGCUCUGGUCUAUGGGGUCACAAAGAGUUGGACACAACUAAACGACUAAACAACAACAAGGUCUGUUAAUUUCAGUGGGUUUACUCUGAGUAAAACUUAGUUGAGCUCCACCUGUAAUUAAAGGUCAACAGCUUUUAAGCGAUUAAUUAUAGUGGUGCCUUCCUUCAUUAGUCCCAUGCAGUGUAUUAAUUUAGUAAUAACAGCAUAGUAGUGAAUGUUCUUCUUUGAACAUUUUGCAUUAGGGGUCUUCAAUAUUUGGCAGGUAAAAUCCUUGCUGUACUAACCUUGUAGGAGAACAGCCAAUGAUGAUACACUGGCAAAUUUUUCAUAUAUAAUGAGGAAUAGCUUAGGUUUUCAGUUUAUUAACAUGUCUGUUAUUCUGUAGAUUAUAUUUAUAAUAUUUCUGUGAAAACGGAACAGUUGACCACAAGCAGUAGAAUAUUAUACAGUCUCAAGCUCUACCACAGCACAUUACAGAAGGCAGGAAAAUAUUGUAAGUGGUCUGCCAAGAACCUCAGCAUUUUUAGUGAGUGGUGGGGAGUUUUGAUCCCACAGCUAUAAGUUAUUGUAUGUCAUCUAGUCAUACCUAUUUUGGUCAGAUUAGCAAAUAAUGAAAAAAUAUCACAGUGGUUCUAAAUAUAUGCUCAAGGCUUAGUUUAGAUGAUGCCUUACUCUUUAGGGUCAUUGGAUCAUAAAUCUCUUUCACUGUUUCAUUUUACAGGAGAAUUCCAUUUUAAAGAAUAAAUUAGAGACACCAGAUGCUUUACCGUUAUUUAUUAUGAACUCAGAUUUUAAUUUCCUCACCUGAAAGUGCUUACAUUACAAUUUCCUUGUAUAGUUAGUGAACUGUAACUAUUAAAACCAAUACAGCUUUUGAUUGCCCAAAUAUAUUUAUACCUCAGUGAUUUGUUGAGGCUUGAAGAUCUUACAUAUGUGAAGGCAUUCUCUUGCCACAGUGUUUAUUCAUAAAAAUAACAUUUGGUUGAAAUCAGUAUUGCAGAUUAUUAUUAUUAUUAUUAUUAUUUAUUAAAUUUGCAGGCAAUCACACAAUUGAGGGAUUUAAGCUCGACUUAAUUUACUUCUAGAUUAAGUAUUCUAUUUCUGUCCCACAUUCUCCGUAGUGGUUGUAGUAGUAGUAGUAGUAGUAGCAAUAAUAAUAAUAAUAAUAAUAAUAAUAAUAAUAAUAAUACUAGGUGUUGAUGCCAGUUAAGCUUAGAUCUUGAGCUUGAUCCUAAAGAAGCUUAAAAUUUGGACAAAAGGUUUGUUGUCUGCAUAGUUAGUUAGUGUGUUUGGAUUUUCUAUUCUGAUACCCAUUGUAAACUAUUUCCAUGGUAGUAAAAUUUGAAAUCCCUUUUUUUUUGUUCACUGCUAUCAUAACUAAUUGCCGAUAUACUGUUUUGCUUUUUCAACUUUAUUUCCAUUAUCCCUGAGACAUUGAAUGGUGGCGGCGUAACUUCUGAAUGUGGCUGUUCGGGUUUUUGUUUUUUUGUUUUGUUUUUUGUUUUGCAGUACACCUGGCACAUUUUGAGGAUUACUUUGUUGUAGCAGUCUUCCAGCUAUUAGACUUAGAUAAAGUAGAUAAGUGUGGGACACGGGUGGCGCUGUGGUCUAAACCACUGAGCCUCGGGCUUGCUGAUCAAAAGGUUGGCAGUUUGAAUCCCCGCGACAGGGUGAGCUCCCGUUGCUCUGUCCCAGCUCUUGUCAACCUAGCAGAUUGAAAGCACACACAAAAAAAGUGCAAGUAGAUAAAUAGGUACCGCUCCGGUGGGAAGGUAAACGCUGUUUCUGUGCGCUCCUCUGGUUUCGCCAGAAGCGGCUUAGUCAUGCUGGCCACAUGACCCGGAAAAACUGUCUGCAGACAGACACCGGCUCCUUUGGCCUGUAAAGCGAGAUGAGCGCUGCAACCCCAGAGUCGUUCGCGACUGGACUUAACUGUCAGGGGUCCCUUUACCCUUUACCUUUAAAAUAGAUAAUAUAUACUUAACGCCUUUUAAUAUUGAUACAGUGGUACCUCAGGUUACAUACGCUUCAGGUUACAUACACUUCAGGUUACAGACUCCGCUAACCCAGAAAUAGUGCUUCAGGUUAAGAACUUUGCUUCAGGAUGAGAACAGAAAUCGUGCUCUGGCAGCGCGGCAGUAGCGGGUGGCCCCAUUAGCUAAAGUGGUGCUUCAGGUUAAGAACAGUUUCAGGUUAAGAACAGACCUCCGGAAAGAAUUAAGUACUUAACCCGAGGUACCACUGUACUUGUGAUUGUCAGUUUAUCCUUUCCCCCUGACUCAAGGGGGCUUACAGGAUUGAAGGUAAUUUCAAUUACAGUGGUACCUUGGGUUACAAACACCUCUGGUUACAAACACUUCGGGUUACAGACUCUGCUAACCUGGAAGUAGCGGGUUAAGAACUUUACCUCAGGAUGAGAACAGAAAUCACGCAGCGGCAGCGGGAGGCCCCAUUAGCUAAAGUGGUAUCUCGGGUUAAGAACGGUUUCAGGUUAAGAACGGAUCUCCAGAACAAAUUAAGUUCGUAACCAGAGCUACCACUGUACAUUUUAAAAGCAAGCAUAACAUUUUCAGGGGAGCUCUUACCAGGAAGACCUGGUCCUCAAUAAAUUUAUUGAAAUACUGACGUGGAUCAUUGUGUUUAGAAUAAAUUGCUUACUUCUGGAAAGGUCAGGACUGAAAUGUGCUGUGGAAUUAUUUUUGUAUUUUGCUGCCUUUUUAUAAUAGAUUGAACUCCUCCUUUGCUGUUCCUCAGUUUUGGUAUGAUGAGUACAUUCCAUGUGUUGAAUUAAAACUGGAGAUAUCUUGAGGCAAUUGUAGAAAGAACAUGGUUUAGGCUUGGAAGCUUCUUUUAUGCAGUCACAGUGUUAAAAAGUACAUCUUGGAUUUGAAUGUUGAAUGGGCUUACUUGAUUUUAUUUCAUUAUUAUUCUGAUAGGCAAGUUAUUUUAACGGUUACUGUAUAAAAAAGUUUUCUUCAUCUUAGUUGUGGAAGUUGUCAUCGCGUUCAGUGGUUUAGCUUUUUAUUCAGUAGUGCUUUGUUAUUUUCCUUUUUAUCUUCAUCUCUUGACUAUUGGAUGAAUGGUUUACAUUAUUGUGAUCCGGACCUGUUAUCUCCUCUUGCUUGUUCUCUUCAUAUUACAUUGAGAAAAAGACAUAAUCUCUUCUAGGCUGCCUCUUAAGCCCUUGGAUCACACUGCAGUACAGGGCAAAUAUUACUUAACAGUGUUACAUUGCAAAUCUGAAAAUAGCCCUGAAUAAUGAUGGUCAGUAACCAAACUAGAUGUGACAGUGGCAGAACCUUUUGUUUAAACCAGCUCUGAACCCUGCGCUUGCUACUUACAUCUCUAUAGCGAUGAGGUAAUCUUUGAGUGAUGGGUUUAGUUCCCUUUCCUCUAAAAUCUAAUCUGGUCUCUGCUUUAUAUGUGAUUGAGGCGGGCUUGGGCUUUGAUCCCACCAUAUAUUUGAAGCACCUACCCUUCCGAAUUCUGGGAACUGUAGUUUAUUUCUCUCAGAACUGUAUUUCCCAGCACCUUCAACAAACUGCAGUUCUCAUUCCUCCCCCACCGGGUGGAGGCAUGCUUUAAAUGUAUGGUGUGGUUGCAGUUUUAGACUGAAAUGAAUUAAUCUUCUGCUGUUUGCAUCCAAUCUGGCCAUAGACUAAGAAGUUUUUUUAGCAUUCUUCAACAGCUGAUCAAAAGUUGGUGCUUACCUUAUUCCAGAGUGGAGGUGAUUCCAUAAACUGGGUACCACAACUGAAAGGGUCAUUUCCUGGUUGUUGCAAGAUGGGAUCUCAGCAUGCUUUGACACAACCAGACAGGUCUCAAUAUACAGGUUGAGAGAAGGUGUUCUCCCAGGCGUCCAGCUUCCAAGUUGUUUACAGCUUUGUAAGUUGACAAGAGAACCUUAAACUUGUCUCAGCAGCAACUUGGUGCCCACUGCCCAGUUCAGUUCUUUCAGAAGUGGUGGAAAAUGCUCACGGCAGGUAGCCCAGUCAGCAGUUUAGCCACAAUGACCCACACACUGGUAACUUCCAGGACUAGACUACUGGAAUGCAGACUACUGGAAUUCACUCUAGUGCUUUAUUAUGCACUAGCUUCGGCUUCAGACCAGUGUUAAGGGCAGCCCUACUUAGAGUGAAUUCCAGUAGUCUAGUCUUGGAAGUUACCAAUGUGUGGGUCAUUGUGGCCAAAGUACAGUGGUACCUCGCAAGACGAAUGCCUUGCAAGACAAAAAACUCGCUAGACGAAAGGGUUUUUUGUUUUUUGAGCUGCUUCGCAAGACGGAAACGUCUUGCAAAUUUGUUUCCUUUUUCUUAACACCAUUAAUACAGUUGCGACUUGACUUCGAGGAGCAACUCAUAGAACGCGGUGUGGUAGCCUUUUUUGAGGUUUUUAAAGACUUUGGUGAUUUUUGAAGCGUUUCCAAAACUUUCCCGACACUGUGCUUCGCAAGACGAAAAAAAUCGCAAGACGACAAAACUCGCGGAACGAAUUAAUUUCGUCUUGCGAGGCACCACUGUACCCAGGUAGACAUAACUGGGUCGGGUCAGGAUCCCCCCAUCCACAUCUCGGUAAUAUACAUCAGAUCAGCCUCUUCAUCCAUAGUCAAAUCAUGAAUGGGUCUUAUUAUGGACUGACUUGGGAUGUGGCAGUGAACCAGUCAAAUACAAAAUUUAAUGGUAUCUACAGUUUCAGGGGUUUUUUUGGUCUACUAAUUGCAAAUCAACCAAAGUUCUGCACCCUGGAAAGCCGUAUCCUGCAAAUUACAUAUUAUGUACGUUUUGCUGAUUUGGUCUAACCAAAUUCAUCUCACUAUUUAUCACUGAACAGAAAUAGAAACAGCUUAUUUAAGAUACUGCCACCCACGCUAGGAGAGCUGAUCUGCCCCAUUUGCAAAGUAGAACAUUAGGAGAGAGGAAUGCCUGCAUCAAGAUAAGCCAACAUGGUGCUCUUCUGAUGUUGUUGGACUACAACUCCCAUCAUCCCUGGUGUGUGGCUAUGCUUGCUGGAGCUAAUGUGAGUUGGAGUACAACAAGAUACAGAGGGUACCAUGUGGGCUUCCCCUGGCCUAUGCAGAUGCGGAAGUGAAGAGAACUGUGUAAAGCAGAUAGGAAGUGGCUGAAAAAGGAGAUUACCGUAUUUUUCGCUCCAUAAGAAGCACUUUUCCCCUGCUAAAAAGUAAGAGGAAAUGUGUGUACGUCUUAUGGAGCAAAUGCAGGCGGGAGGCAGGCAGGAAAAGCCCCCAAGAGCCGCACACAAGUCCCUCCUCCCUCCUCGGGGAAAAGCCUGCAAGAGUGACGGGCUGCCCUUCUCCCUCCUGGGGAAAAGCCUGCAAGCACCGCACACAGGCUCCACGUGGCUAGUGAAAGGGAGUGCUGAGCAGAGCCUGGGAUGCAUACAGGCUCUGCUCAGCUCUCCCUUUAAAAAUAUUUUUUUCUUGCAUUCCCCUUCUAAAAACUAGGUGCGACUUAUGGUCAGGUGUGUCUUAUGGAGUGAAAAAUACAGUAUUUUUUAAAAUGUCAUUGCCGUCUUGCAUUCCCAGUUAUAUGUAUUUUGCUGCUUCUUUGAAAGUUCAUCGUUUACAGCUAUAUUCAGUUAAAAGGCAAAUGAUUUUGGGGGACUAGAAACUGACCUCUGACCUAUUUCGUUCAGGAUUUUGUCGGGCAACCCAAGUGUUAAUGAGCAGCCAGAACUUGGGCCAUGCCAAAGGUUGGUAUACCAAUAGCAAGAUGUGGUUGGAAGCAGUUCAAAGUCAAGGCUAAAGUAAACUUUGUUCUGCAGCUAAGCUUUUAAAUAACUAGCUGCUUGUAUAUCACUGAACUUUUCAAUUGUUCAAGCCUUUUUUACAUGGAACAUCUUAAUUUUUUUUUUAAAAAAAAGAUUGGUAGACAUCAUAGAACAACUUGGAUUGAAGCAUUUAAAAAUGUUCUGCCCUAGAUCAGGUAUAAUAAGGUGUACCAGACUGUGUUGAUCAAGUUAUGCCUACUUGGCUUGUACCUUAUGUAAUUUAUGAUGUCAGGUGGGAACAGGUAAAGACAGGCUUUGGCCAAAAGGGGUUUGCAGGCACCAUUAUUCAGCUGUUUGGCAAUGCCUGCAAAGCCCUGUGCACUAGAUUCUGCAAGCACCGAUGAUCAGAUGAUCAUUGAGGCUUCCAAAGUUUUUGCCUUUUUGGUUUGAUUUCAACCAAAACAGCAGACAGUAUUCCUUUCAGAAUUUAUAUACUAUGUCUUUAUUUUUAUUUAAAAUUCUUUUCAGAACCGUGUUCAUACAGCGUUAAAAACCACAAUACGGUAAUUAUGCCUUGAUUACUUUAAUUUGCUCUACGCAGGGCUGCCCUUGAAGCUGACCCAGAAACUCCAGCGGGUACAGAAUGCCGCGGCGAGACUCCUUACAGGGUCCUUGCUGCGGGAUCACAUUCAUCCAGUGCUUUACCAGCUGCACUGGCUCCCAGUGAAGUACAAGGUCAGGUUUAAAGUGCUGGUUUUGACCUUUAAAGCCCUGUGUGGCUUAGGACCCUCGUACCUACAGGACCGCCUUUCCUGGUAUGCCCCGCGGAGAACCUUAAGGUCCAUAAAUAACAACACUUUGGAAGUCCCGAGCCCCAAGGAGGUUAGAUUGGCCUCAACCAGGGCCAGGGCCUUUUCAGCUCUGGCCCCAGCCUGGUGGAACGCCGUACCGCAAGAGAUCAGGGCGGGAUUUGACAUCUUUCCGCAGGGCCUGCAAGACGGAGCUGUUCUACCUGGCCUUUGGGCUGGACUCAAUCUAACCCACCACCCCCCAUUUUUUUUUUAUGGAACCCCUUAUAUGGGAUUUGUAUAUACAUUUUCCCUCAGCUCUUUUUGCUGGCCCAUGUACAACCACCAUGGAUAGUUGGCCCCGGUGAAUAUUUGACGUUUUCUCCCCUUAUGGCUUUGAUCUAUGGGCUACCACUAAAACAAGGCUGCAUUUUAAGCUGCAUUUUAAACUGUAUUCUAACUUAUUAAUCAACUAUUGUUGUUUUUUUUACUGUUUUUACUGUAUUUAUAUUCAGUGUUAGGAGUCCUGAGCCCGGUCUUGGCCGGGGAGGGUGGGGUAUAAAUAUUUUAUUAUUAUUAUUAUUAUUAUUAUUAUUAUUAUUAUUAACAUAAAUCUUGGGAUAGAAUAGAAUUUUGCUUGGUCUGUGUUUUUAAGUGAACUGAUAUAAUUCACAUCUCCCUCUCUAAUACAUGAAUUGGAACAUAAUUCUCCUUUAGUUUUCAUCUUCUCCAAAUUUGGCAAUGCAGCUCUCAGAUCACAUGUAGAGCAAGUGCAGGGAGGCAAAGUCCACUUGAAUUAAGGAAAUCUUCUCAAUUCCUUUGGUUGUGUCAUACAAAUGUGGACUUCUUGGAGAAGUUGUGAAAGAUCUGGUUCAGGUUUUUAUUUUGUGUUCUGUAUUUUCAUUAUGUUCUCAUUUAGUGUUAUCUCCAUCACAGUGACAAACAAAUGACGUACCAUUAUUUUGCUCCUCCCCGUUCAUGUUAGCUGGGCACUGGUAGAAAACAAGUCACAAUCCCUUUGAUGUCCACACCAAGGGAUCAUAAUUAUUCUGCUUCCAACAAAUCAUGAUUUCCAGCCAAAGUUUGUUCUAAUAAAUCACAAUCAGUAAUCCAAAAAUGAAAUAAAACUACAAUCUCUGGUUCAGAUCAUUUUUGGGUUUUUUGUUUUAAAUUGAAUAUGAAGAGAAGACAAACAGGCCAGAUAGGUGCAUACAUAGUAAACUAUUAGCCAACUGCUUCGAGGCUUUUUUUUUUACAUUCAAGCAGUAUAUAAAUUCUAGUUUAAUGUGGAGUGCAGACUGGGUCAGUUUGUAUUAUGUGCACUGUAAUAGGUAGCAUGCAUUAAGCCGCUCCAUUACUCAAACAUAAAUCCUUUUAAAAAUCAAUAUAUUUUACAUACUUCUAAUUAUAUGCUGAAUAAGUAAUACAACCAUUAGCCUUUAAGGUCCCACGAAAGUCUUUGUUGUUCAUGCAAAGAAUUGUAACAUUAUAUUUUACUUUCAUGCUUUGGUUUUAAACAUGUUGUGACUUUCACUGAGCAAUCACGGUUGUUGGGUAGCUAGGUUUUUUUUAAAAAAACACAACACUGUUCAUUGCAGUUGGAUAUGAACUCCUGCCUCCAUAGCUUGUUCAAACUACUGGGCUUCUCUUUUUAAAAAAAGGAUUAUAAACAUUUGCUUGCUGCACAGUGUAAUUCAUUUCUCAGGACAAAGCAGGAGAAAUUUAAACCGAUGAAUAAGAGCACAUUUAAUUGAAUAAAUUAUUUGUUGGAACACAUGGUUAGGCGAGGUUCCUCUUGGGAGCUUAUUUUUCUGUGUGCACCGUGAAUCAGACUCAAGAGCAAGGGAGCCUUGUGGAAGCUGGCUGCAAGCUGUGCUCUUAUUUCCUCUCUGCAACAGAGAAGAGACUAGAGAUUUCAAGGCAGGCAGGAAUGAAAGGCAUUCCUCAAACCCUCAGCCUACAUUUGUAAUAAAAUAGGAGGACUUUGACUUAUGGAGCUUGAAGGUUGGUGGGAGGAAGAAAGUCAAACUAGGCAGAAAUAGCACAAAAAUUGCCCAAGGCAGAACCAUUAACAUUUAUAACAUGAUACACGGAGGGAGGUUUCAGAAAUAGUUACUGAUAAAGGCUGGAGUUUGCCCUACCUGGAGCAGAGAGUUACAAAUGAGUUGAGUGAAUAACUGAUUUUCGACUGAGAACUUUAGAAAGAUUAGUUUUCAAAUGAGGCAAGAUGGAGUAAUUGUUCCAGGGUUGCUGCACGUAGGAAGGGGGGAUUGAAUGCCCCCAUUGCUAUUUACACUACUGAGCAUAGAAUCAUAAAAUUGUAGAGUUGGAAAGGACCCUUAGGCUCAUCUAGUCCAGCCCGCUGCAAUGCAGGAAUAUGCAGCUGUCCCAUAUGGGGAUCGAACCUGCAGCCUUUGCAUUAACAGCACCAUGCUCUAACCAGCUGAGCUGUAAUGAGAUGGGAGGGAACACGUAGGUUUAUGCAGGGGGGAAUAAUUUAAAAAGUUGCUAUCCUGCAGCUCCAUUUCCCCACUUCAGGGCUGGCCCACCCAUGAGGCAACGUGAGGCAACUGCCUCAGGUGGUAGCAUCCACAGGGGCAGAAGAUCUGGUCUCUGAGGAACGUAUCACCUGCCACCGCUGCCGCUGCCUUGGCAGCAUUGGAGGUCAGCACCCCCCAUGCUGCCUCUGCAGUAACCUCUUGGCAAAUAGGAAGCAGUGCUGGUCUCCUCCCAAUCCUUGUUCCUGAUGGAGAUCUUCACUCAUCCCUUCUCCCCUGGUGGAAGGAAACACCAUUUUGUGGUUUGCCUCAAGUGACAAAAUGUUUUGAGCCAGCCUCCCUGCUGCUUUGGGGUUUUUUGGGGGGGGGGUGAGAACCAUGGGAGAUCUAAUAAUGGACCUCCAGUCCUCUCUUCAAGUUUAGCUCUCCACUUUGAGUGCAAGUAAUAACCAAGAAAUUUCAGGAGGGAGAGGAAGGUAGAAGCACCAUUAUUGCACCUGGCAAGGAAUGGGAGCGGCCUUCCUCACUUUGCCUAUGUGUAUUUUAAAUCAUUAAUAUCUGAAUAUGUUCUCAUUUCGCUUUUUUGGUUCAUGGAUCUGUUUAUAUUACAACUCUGUUGGGAACCACCUAAACUCAGAGCUAUAGUUGCCUGCCCUCAGGUCUAUGGUUACAAAUAAACAGAAACUGAAAUACUUUGCCAUGCAGUAGACAUUACUCCCCCCCUCUCUCUGGUGUACUGUAAUUUAUUACUUGAUUGUAGGUGCAUUCUUCAAAUGUCCUCAAAUGUCCGGCAAUAGGAACAAUUUGUAAUGGAAGUACUUGUUCUUGUUCAGUAGCCCUUUAAACAGUUUACCUCUGGUUGCUCCUUGGCCAUUUCACAGGGGAGCACAUCAAUGUUCUUGCUUAGUUGCUGCACUCCUGGUGAUUGAUAGAUGGAGGGGUUUGUUUGUUUUUUAAGCCUUUAUGCAUGGAAAGAAGCACAAAAACCACCUCCCAAACUAUGUUUGUUUUCCUUGCUCCAGCGGUCUGAAGGCUAAAGGGUCGCUUGCGAGCAUGACAUUGUGGAAAGGAGGGUUUGACCACAGAGCCAUGGCAAACUUUAAACCCAGCCAGAUUAAAUAUAAUUCAUUUGUUUCUGUACAGGUCACAAGCACUAUUGAUUCUGUCCUGUUGCCUAGGGCCUUAUUGCCAGCACUAGGUUUGGAUCUGGUGGAGUGGAUUCUAGUCCACAAAACUUAACCCACUUUUAUCAGACAGUGGGCCAGGGCUCCCCACUGUUCACGGGCCACUUUUAACUGGGCCUCAGUGCCAUAGCCUGCGAGCCAUGCCAUAAUCUUUGGGUUGAUUCCAUAAAAGGAAGAACCUCCUAAGGAAAGCUAAGCUGUGAAAUAGUUUGCCACAAGGCAAAUGCUACAGCAAAGAAUUGAGCAGUAAUCAGAUAUGGAUUAGCUAUUGGUAGAAAGUGGUGUCAAUAAUUGCCAGCUGAUUAUGCCAAGCUCUGCCACUACUUGACACUGUUUUGCGACUGGCUUCUCCCCUGUAUCUCCCGUUUUCUGUCUGGUGGGCCUUAGUAAGCAUCUUAAGUGGCUUGAGGAUAGAACGUUUGAGAACCCCGGCCUGGCCUGUCAUCAGUGUCUUUGCUUUUAAGGUGCCACAUUUAAGGUGUCUCUGGCUUUUGCUGCAACACACACAGCAACUUUCUGGUACUUGUUUUUGGUUUGUUUGUUAAACUACUGUUUUUAAGCCCACCUUUCUAGAACUGCUUAAGGCAACCAACAAUCAACAUUUACAGGAACAUCAUAUCUAUAAACACAGAAAAGCAGUGCAGCUGAAAAGUAGUCCAAGCUUUCCUACAGAGAAAAACUCAGGAGUGACUUUUUAAAAAAGCCAUCAAUUCCUCAUGCCCCCAAGCUUUCCUAAAUAAAUGAGCUUUACAUAACUGACAGAAAGCCGAAAGGGAAGUAUACAAUCAGAAUUUCUGUUGGAGGUCAUUACACAGCCCCGAGUCACCACUGGGGGCCCUGCUCCAAACACCACAUUCCUUUACUUCACUUAAUCUGGUCCUUUGAUAAUGAUAACAAUAGGCAGAUAGUGGUGCUCAUCAAGUUCCCAGGUUAUGAAGUGUUCUCAGGUGUUUUGCAAUAUUGCUUAAACAUGUUUAUCUGCCACAGCAUUCUGGACCAUCUAUGCUUUUCAGGCUAGUUUCAAGGGCAAAUAUAUGCAGAACUUAUUGCAAUACUGUAAACCCACAACUAGUGAUGUUAAAUUCUCGAGAAUAUUCUUUUGGAGAAUAUUUUCGAGAAUAUUCUCAAUUAAUCAGAAUAUUAGAGAAUUUUCAUUUAAAAUAGGAGAAUUUUCAUUUUAAUGCAUUGAAAAUGAUAUAAUUAGUUAAUAUACAUGUUUAUUCAUGGGUAAACUUGUUCAGAUGGCAACCAAAAACUGUAAUAGGCUAUCUUGUGCUUCUAAUACAUGGGUAGGCAAACUAAGGCCCAGGGGCCAGAUCCGGCCCAAUUGCCUUCUAAAUCCAGCCCACAGAUGGUCUGGGAAUCAGCGUGUUUUUACAUGAGUAGAAUGUGUCCUUUUAUUUAAAAUGCAUCUUUGGGUUAUUUGUGGGGCAUAGGAAUUUGUUCAUUUCCCCACCCACCCACCCUAUGUAGUCUGGCCCUCCACAAGGUCUGAGGAACAGUGGACCGGCCUCCUGCUGAAAAAGUUUGCUGACCCCUGUUCUAAUAGCUCUAACACUUAAUAACUGUUUGGGUAACUAAAACACAGCUUGAUAAACAAAACUAUAUGCAUACAUAUAAAAAAGAAGCCAUUAAGUGGCGCUGUGGGUUAAACCACAGAGCCUAGGACUUGCCGAUCAGAAGGUCGGCAGUUCGAAUCCCCGCGACGGGGUGAGCUCCCGUUGCUCGGUCCCUGCUCCUGCCCACCUAGCAGUUCGAAAGCACGUCAAAGUGCAAGUAGAUAAAUAGGUACCGCUCCUGCGGGAAGGUAAACAGCGUUUCCAUGCGCAGCGCUGGUUCGCCAGAAGCGGCUUAGUCAUGCUGGCCACAUGACCCGGAAGCUGUACGCCGGUUCCCUCUGCCAAUAAAGCGAGAUGAGCGCCGCAACCCCAGAGUCGGUCACGACUGGACCUAAUGGUCAGGGGUCCCUUUACCCUUUACCUUUAUAUUAUCAUUAUAUGAUAAUACAUUUCAGUAUGUCAUUCUCUGUUAAAUAGCACUUAGUAUCAUUGAAUGGCACUGCAAAAACCAGUUACUAGCACUAAAUAAAAAUAUAGAAACAUCAACUUUUUAAAUCAAGGUCACCUCACAUGCUGUUACACACUAAUUGUAUAGGCCUAGGUACUUUAAGCAUUAAAGCUACUUUGUGUAAAAAAAAAUCACAAUGUAUGGCCAAGGGUAUAGAAUUGCUAAGAAUAAGGUCACACCAAAGUAAAAAAAGGCUAUUACAAAUAGUUGAAAUACAUAUGAAUUCAAAUGUUCAUCAAAUUAAAUGAAUAGCAUUUUUAAAACUAAAAAAAAUAUAAAAAAAUUUAAAAAGUUUUCUGUAGCUCUCAUUUCAGAACUGCCAAUGGUGAAUGAUACAAUGCCCAGUAAUGUAAGUGGAUAAAAAAAAUUAUUAUUCAUUACUUAUGAAAUAAAUAUUAAAUUGCCUCCCCAAGGGCCCCCCUCCUCAGAAGAAGGACCAGGGCCCCGGAAGGAGCGCAAAUGAAGGCUCUGUACCGGUCGGGAAGAGACAGAGACCACACCAGGAUUGAAAAAGCAAAGCCUGAUCUUUAUUGAAAGAACAGGGGAAAAAAAACAACAACACAAAAAACUGUUGCAACAGGGUCCCCGCUCACGCAAUGACACGGAGUCAGAGACCCUGAACAAAGGGACUGCCUUGAUUCUUAUACCUUUUGAUUUUCAUUCAGAUCAAUAGCAAGGAGGUGGGGGGGAAGCGAUAUGAGGGGUGUGAAGUGUGGAUUAACAUAAGGUAAGCAGGAUGUUGAAAGACUUUCUGGAGGUGUCAAUUUGCUGAAGGGCUCAGGUGGUAUGUGUCGAUCUUCGUGUUAUUUAAUUCUGGAUCUGCUUCAAAUGGCUUUUCCUUUAUCUACAGGAAAACCUCCGCAACUGCUGAUAAUCGGCAUGCAGAUGUGAGGCUGGAUGUUUGAGAAGAUGUUCGGAAAUGACUUAAAUGUUAAUGUGAAGUCCUACUCUGCAUUGCUAUCAAUUCGGGUGUGAUAGCCUGAUGUUUGCAUAUUCUUUUUUGAAAAUAAGACUGCUUUAUUUUGGGCUCAUAUCUGUGUGUAUUCAUGGUAUGGUUUGCAGACCCAGUAGGAGGCAGUGUGGUGGAUUGAGUUUUGGCAGCCUUUUGGAUACAAUAUUGAGUCAAGUAUAUACAUUUUGAAAUAUUUAGAUUGUUACAUUCUUUAAAAACUACAUUUUGGAUACAUUCAGAAAAGUAGUACGGCAUUUCAUUAAAGAUACAUCCACGAAUACAUUUUACAAGGAUAGCUUCAUGGAGAAAGAGGUACACAGGAAUGGUAACAGGCACGUCAACGUUAAGAUGAUGCAUUAAAAAGGCACAUAUUAUUUACAUUCAAUGAUACGUGAAAAAACACAGUAAGAUGGCAUCUUCCCAACGAUGCGUUCUUUAAGGCACAGUUUAUUAUUAUUGUGGGACUUUGGGGUAGGAUGAUAUCAUUAGGAUCAUUUUACCUUUAUUCCCCUCUCUGACCCUGAUUCUCCUAUGACAAUUACACCGGCAAUAUCACAGCUUGACUUAUUUACUAGGUUUUUAAAAUGUGGGUUGUAAAACAGGUUCUUACAUUAGAAUUCACAAUUUGUGGAAAAUAUUCUCUGGAGAAUUUUCUAGCAGAGAAUUUUCUCACCUCAUAUCACUACCCACAACCUAUGCGGGGGUUGCAUUCUGGGAAUAGUGCCAAAAACCAAAUUCACGUACAGUGGUACCUCGGGUUACAUACACUUCAGGUUACAGACUCUGCUAACCCAGAAAUAGUACCUCCGGUUAAGAACUUUGCUUCAGGAUGAGAACAGAAAUUGUGCUCUGGCGACGCAGUGGCAGCAGGAGGCCCCAUUAGCUAAAGUGGUGCUUCAGGUUAAGAACAGUUUCAGGUUAAGAACGGACCUCCGGAACGAAUUAAGUACUUAACCCGAGGUAACACUGUAUGGUCAAAACACAUUGGGUUCAGCGGCAGGUGAGAUUGUCAAAGUCUUUUUUCACGGAUGCCUGUCCCCUUUCUGCCCCACCCCCUUAUUUAAGUUUAUUAUUUUUUGCCAAGCUCAUAAUGCGGAAUGUGCAUAAGUUAAUGGAGCGUAAGUUGUGGGCUUACUGUAUUUUGUUUGUUUACAGUACUUCAAUACUAAAUUGAUCAUUGUGAUUGCAAAAGAAUGGAAAACAAUGGUGGGGUCCCACUUUUCCAAGAGUGAGCACAGCCUGUGCAUUAGAUGUAGCUGAUAAAUUAUUUGUGAUGCUACUGCUGUCUUGUCCCCAAGAAGUGUGGGAAUUAUACUAUUGAGAGUUUUUUUCCCCCCUGCCUGCAUUAAUAGUUUCUUUAGGGAGAAAACCUUUUAUCUGCUGCCCUUUGCUUCUCUGGCAUGACUGCAGUGAGCUGCUGGUUUCCAUUAACCACAUCCAACACGGCAUCCAAACUCUUAAACCAGGACUGGGAAACUUGUGACCUUCCAGAUGUUCCAAGACUAUAACUUCCAUCACCCCUGUCCCUUGGCCACACUGGCUGGAGUGAUGGGAGUUGGAGGCCAACAACAUCUGGAGAAUCAUUGUUUCCCCACCUCUAUCUUAAACUAUGGUUAACAUUAACCACAGUUUGUUUGAACAAACUCGCUUCAUAAUCCAUGGUUUGAAGUUGGCUUGUUUUAAACCAAACAUACUUUACAUUAACAAAUAAAAACAGAAGUGAAAAGCUUCUGAACUUUAGAGGAAAAGAGGAGCGUCUACAAGGCCAAGGGUCACUGAUUUGUUCUCCUCGUGCAACACCAGGCAGUGCCUGAUAUCCUUUCUGCUAUCUAGUGCAUUUAAAAUCUUCAGGUGUCAGAAUACAGAUUCCUCUUUUUGAAUUGACACGUUUAAAGUGCCUGUGCCAAUUUCAUGACGGUUCCCCCCCUUAAAGAUAGUAUGCUCUGUAACCAAUAUUGUCAUCCUUACUUAAUUACCAAUGUAUUGAUUAGUGAUUGUGUUCUUUCUGAUGUUUAAUUCGGGAACUGCAAUUCAGUUCUAUCUUACUGCUGCAGAUUUUUGAGUUCUUCUAAGUUUAUAAAUUAAUGUGGUCUGCUAGAAUGCCUUUUGAAUGAAAUUGACUGUUUCUAUUGUGCUGAAGAAAAUAAUUUUGCUUAACUCUUAUAUAUAAUACCAGUUUAACUUCACUUGUAAUGACAUUUUAAAAGAAUUUUUAACUUUUAGAAAUAUGUGGUUUUAAAUAAGUUUUUCUUUUCCCUUUUUUCCAAAAUAGUCAUAGAAUGGGGAGAUGAUAUUAAAACCAUCUCAGAAGAUGAAGCUGUGAUGUUGGUGAACCAUCAAGCAACAGGAGACAUUUGCACCCUAAUGAUGUGCCUUCAGGACAAAGGCACGGUAUGCUAUUUUUGUAUUCACCGCUGUUUCAUACUGGGUAGGCCAUAUUGAGAAUAUGCUCCGAAUCAUAGCACUGGAAACCACUGCCAAGUCUGGUACCUAGCCCUGAAACUCAAAUUCACAUGCAUUUAAUGGAUCUAGCUGCCCUCCUUCCCUGCAGUGUGGCCCAGAUCCUCCAGAUGGCUGUGCUAUAGAAGCAGGGCAUACAGACACCAGAGUUGUUUGCAGGGCAGGAAUCAUUUAGCAAUCCAAGUGGCCUAGGAAAGCAGAUCAAACUAAAUGACUGAGGAAAGGCACAAAGUAAGAGAUGCUUCCCCGGGUCCACUUCUGGAGAGGAAAGGAGUUGAAGUUGCACAGUGAAUGUUACCCAGGAAUGGAAAGCAAAGCAGGGGGCAUUCAAGGAUAGCAAACAUCCUUUUAAUUUUGCCUUGAUGUACUGUAGACAAUGCUUGCUGAAUAAAAAUGCACUGCACUGCAUUAGUCUUUCAUGAUAAAAUGCUCAUAAACCUUGACUGUUAUGUUCACGUGAUAAAAUGGGAAUUCUGCAUUUCCCAUUAUCUUCAGUUCUGAAAAUGGGAUAUGGCCUGCAGACAAUAUUUGUUUAGAAAUAUUUAUGGUCUUUACUCCAAGAUGGUUGAAAUGGGAAGCAUUUGAUUUAGUGUUCUAUUUCUAGUUAGUGCUAGGCUAUAAAAGUGAAUACAUGCCAUCCAUCUGUUUGUUUGUUUUUUCAAUCAAAUGAAUGUGGGUUGAAAUAAAUUGUUCUGAACAUCAGUCCAAAAAUGAAAUUGCUUCCAGUAGUUUGUGUGUGUGCAUGUAAUUGUGAUGAUACCAGAAUUCUUAAUUAGUCCGUUCAAAUGGUAAACUUAGCAGGUUUAUAAUUCCUGUUUGCAUAAUGAACCCUGACUUGGAGCCAGUGAAAUUUAUUACAAGCUAAACUCUCUUUUCUGUGCCUCUGUCAUCUGCGUGGAACUCCAUCUUAUAGCAAGCUCAGAUUUUGCCUAUUGUAACCCUUUAGUUACCGAAGGAGAUGAAAAUAUCACAUGUUGUACAUGUUCAGAGAAAUUUUCCUUUUACCACUUUGGUUCUUUUGACGAAGUGUAGCAAAGCAGUUUAAAAGUUUGGAUCAGAAGCUAUACAACCAUCAAUCACUUUGGAGAAUCAGACAUGUUGAUUUGCACCAUUUCUUUCUUGCUCAUGGUCGGGCAUUCUUUUCUCCUCCAGCUAGUUACUACUGAUCCCACCCCCCACCCCCACCAUAUCAAAUAUAAAGUUUCUUUUUUCUUUUUUGUAAGUAAAGUACAACUUGACUCAGGUUCUGGGUGGCACUGUGAAGGAGAUGAGAAAGGCAAUGCAUUCUCUGUGUGUUCAGCCUUUUGCAGUACCUGCAUAAAUUCCUGCCUGUUGUCCUCCCCAACACCAUCUCCACACAAAAUUGUAGCAUGCGGAAUUCAGUUCAGUCUGCAUCAAAUGCUAGCUAGGAAGCAAACCUGGUAGCCCAAUGACCCCAGGACAGUGGAACUCAAUAAUUUCACGGGUUAGAUGAGAUGAACCUCGUGGUCCCUUCCAACCCUACAGUUCUAUGGUCUAUGUGGCUUGUAGAGUUAAUCCCCAUGGGAGGGAACCAUUAUCCCUUCUUGAUGAGCUGUAUUUUGGAGCAUUUAUCCAUCACUGUGUCCCUCAAGAGAAGUUGUCUGGAAGGAACUACUUUUCAGACAGCAGUUUUUGCACUUUCAGCUGCUGUUACAAGAUGCUCUCAGUACAAACUUUGAAGAUGGCAUUGGUGGGACCGUACAUCUCACCAUAGAUAUUUGCAAUAGUUAAUGAGUACAAGACUACAUGUCUGUUACUACUCAUUGGUUUACAGUUGCAGAUAUGGGCAGUCUGGUGAGACAACAGGUGGUUCUAAACAACUGGGUUUGGCUGUGUACAUGCGUGCAAACUGACAGCAAUCAUUCUGUUGAGUUCUGAUUCCCCAGCCUGGAUUUCAAAGCAGACAGUGCAACAAACAUUAUGAAGACACUGUAUGAUGGUAGGAUCCAACAUAUCUCACUGCUAAAACAUGGUUUUGGAAGGCAGACCACACAUAAAACUGCAAGCAGUAUUAGUGAUUAAUUCAAGCAAACUGUAUCUUCACAAACAAGACUGAAAGACUUGGUUUGCAAGCCCCCUCCAUAGAGGCUGGCCCCUCUCACUGUCCUCGGAGCUUGCUUACCGGUAACCUCCUCUGGCUGAUAUCCAGACAGACCAGGGAGAUUUUGAUAGGCGACAUUUUCCCAAGCGUGGGUAAAAUGCACAACCCCUCCCUCCUGCUUCCGCAGGAGAAAGAAAAUAAGUCAGAAAUCUAUUUACAUGAUGUUUAUUUCUGACAUUACAGCACUAGAGAAAAACACGUCCUUUCAGUUCAGUUCUUCUAGCACAUCUGACAAACUUCCUGAACAUGCGCAGUCGGAAGGUUUCAAGUUACACUCUUCACAAAGACUUAUCCAGCCUGUGAACGUCCUGGGAAACUUCUUUCCCACAGAUAGGCACAUCAUGUGAUGUCAACAAUCUGGCUGUCUGCAGCGGUGAUGUUUCCAUAUACUGACAGAGACCACCACAACAACAUAGCACUGUGCUGCCUAGUGUAGGAUGUCCUUGCAAGUUGGAACAGCAAGCUGCAGUAGUAUUGUACCUCUGCAAACAACCCAAAUCAAUGGUGGGUUGUUGUUUUUUACAACUUUCACUUCAUUCCAGGGCAAUAGGAAUAAUAAAGGACCUUUCUCACAAGCAGCCUUCUGACCAAUAGGUCAGUUCUGACCAAUAGGCAGUUCAGGGGGAGAUUAUCUGGUUACCUUACCCCAAGAUUCGUUAACUAUUUAGGGAGGAAGGUCCUGUUUAAAAUAAGUUCGGUAGGAUGAAUGAGUAUCUGGUGGGAGAAACUGUAAUGGCUUGUCUUGAAACGCACUAGGUGUUUGUAAGGUACAGCAUAAAGUAUCUGAUGCACUCAGUAGCAAUUUUUCAAAGGUUAUGGAACAAAUCUCAGCAACAUCCAGAGACACUGAGACUGAUCCCUCGUUCGUCUUGCAGAAGUCCCAGGUGGAUUGUCUGGGACUCGUAAAUGAAAAUGAUUAUUCACCUUAUACCAGACAUGAAGCUGCAGCAGUGACAAGGCAGGAACUUGCGAGGGGGAGGGUGUGCCAGAAUUUAACAAAGCCCUAAGGACCUAUAUGCUUUAUCAGAAACACAAGUGGCAUUUGCAGCGCUCAGCACACACUGUUUCUUUGGGCUCCCUUGCUAGCCCUCCCACCAGUAUUCACUCUGAGAGUCUGUUCAGCACAGCUGGAAGGAUUGUAACAGGCAGCAUAAAUAAUCUGCCAACAGAGAAUGCUCAUAUUUGAACCACUCAUGGAUACCAAAGAUGCAGCCAGUGGACCCUUAAAAACUCAGUUGCCGCCUCCCAGCACAUGUAUCAUACAGCAACAGCAGAAGCAGUAGCCGUGGAGCAGGAAGAUGAGAAGAAGGAGAAAUGACCGAGCCUUCAUCAAAGAGCCAUUUUUGAAGUCCUCAUUGAAGUCAAUAAUGAACUACUUUUCAAAACAAGCAUGAAAACCCACAGUGCAAUAUUCAUACCAUCAUGCUAGUUUAAUGCACAAUAAAGUAAAGCUGGUUAUCUACAGAAACAGUGUUUAUUAUUUUUGAUAAUUGAUGAAACAUGAUAUGUUUAUAUUUCCUGACUUUAAAUUAUUUUAAGUACAACAAGGCAGGAAAGGAAGUAUAACAAAAACCAAACAAACUUCUAAUAAUGAAGCAAAAAUUGAUUAUUUCUGUCUUAAAAGUUGCUUAAUUAGGCACUCUUUUCGAGUUUUUUAAAAUAAAUAAUACUUUGGAUGAGAAUACAAACUUUCCAUCCAUCCCAUUGUCAUUGUUACUAUUUUAAAUAAUAAAAAUAAGUGAAGGAGUCUAGCGCCUCUGCAGUUAACCGUCCCACCCCCCAAAAAAGAAAUAAAUACACUUACGCAGAAGCAGUCUCCACAAUGACGACAGCAGCAUACUGAGUCUUGCAACAAAUAGGAAUGGGCAUUUUGGCUUGUUCCAUAGCUGCUGUCUCUGCCUGUGGUUCCAUGUUGAUCUACUCAUUAUUGUAAAUGAAGCCCACAUGAGAAGGGUGCCUUGUGAUUUGUGGGGUGGAAAAGGAAUGCCAAAUUCACACUUUUGUUUCCAAGAUCUGCUUUGGUGACGUGCACACGCAAAAAUUCAGAGAUGCUUCAGAAGAUUGUAACACAGGAAAGAGUUUGCCUGGGUUUAUAACCCUGGACUGGUAACCUGGCUGCCUGAUUCUGAAUUAUAAUGGGUCAAUUCGCCCAUCUGUAGUUAUUAAUAUAACUAAUAUAAUAUACUGGUAUGGCAAAGUUUAAACAACCCAUUCCUUGAUUAAAUACUAGCCAUUCGCUCAAUGCCAAUAAGGCAUAUAGGGUUAGGACCUUUUGUUUCUCUGGCCCAUUGGUCUUUGGCUGUUAGUUUGGGGCCCCCUUGUUCUUUGCAACUUGACAUAAAGUGGGUCACAGCAGCAACACUAACACCUUACAGAUAUAUAGUGUCCCAUUAAGUGUAUAUUUGAAUGAAAGAUGUGUCCUUGGUAUGAAAAGGUUCCAGAAUAUAGUUCUUACCCAAUAUUGUCUGCUCUGAUUGCCAGCAUUCCAGAUUAAUUUGAGACUGAAUGGUUGGAUGUUUGUUGGGUAACUGGAUUAAGGGGGAACCUGAAUUUUCUAUCAGAAGGUUUACAGUCUGAGAACUAUGUAAACACUACAAAUUUCCUAGAUAGAAACUGCCAACAUAAAAAGUGUCUUCAUAUAGGAAGAAGUGUGAAAAGUUCCUUGAAUGCAUCUGUUUUCACUGCAUAUUUUUAUGUUGAGAAGCUGGUGUUCCCUACACUUCCCCACACUUAACAUAUGCAGACAAAUAGGUGAAUGUGAUUAGCACAUACAACUUACAUGGUCCUCAUGGCUUUUCUUCUCUUGACCAUGCUUUCUGUGUAGGAAAUUUGUAAUGUUCAAAGUAUGGUGGACGGAAUGUAUACAUAACACUGUUUAAGGAAAUAUAAUGGUAGGAAAAAUUAUAUUAUUUUCUGCCAGUGUCUUCAUAUUUCCAAACUCCCUUACCUCAUUGUACACCUGCACAGGUCUUUUAAAAUUAAAUAGUGUAGAUAUUCUCCUUCUGAAACAGAACAAUAUAAAGAUGACAACAGAUAAUUCAUUGAAUAGGUGCUGUUCUUGUAUAGCUUAUCAUGAGAAGCCCAUCUUAGAUUUUUCCUUUAUAUUCUCUUGCUCUCCCUUGCAAGAAAGCAAGCCCAUCUGUUCAAUCAAACCAAUUCGAGGAAUGUAUUCAGUUGAAAGUAAGGACUAUUUAAACUAAUUUUUUAAAAGUGCAUAUGAAAGUCAUUGUAAAAGCUUGUUAAUACAGAUUAAUUGGAAGUGACUGAUUUUCCCCCCCAAGAAUCAAAUGAUUUACCCAAGAUGUUUAACAAAUAGAGAUCAAAUCUGUAUUUUCCCCCUCUGUAAAAUGAAAACAGUGAAGAUACUGGCUUGAGUGGGAGUAGAAUUCUGGGAGAUUAUGUUUUUGCAAAUGAGACUUCGUUGAAAGGUAAUAGUCUUUUAGUGGUUACAUCUGUACAGAGAUAUUCUCGAUGGCAUUUAUAUUCAGACUUCUUAGUAAGGAAAAUGGUUUUCUGCUAGCUAAUGUGUUCUGAAGGGUUACCAUGUUUUACUUUGUACAUUGGCUUGUUUAUUUGUUGUGUUACUUUGGAGUGCACUGACAGGUUCUUGUCUGAACUUCCCCAGGUUGUUCGUAAGAUGAUGUGGCUGAUGGAUUAUAUUUUUAAAUAUACAAACUUUGGAAUUGUAUCUCUAAUUCAUGGAGACUUCUUUAUAAGACAGGUAAUGGAUUUUUAUUUUUUUUAAAGUGUAUCAGUAGCAUCAUCUGCUUUCAAAGUGGCCACCCAUUUCAUCGACUAUGCUAGGUAGUCAUAGUGUAUAAAAACAUUUCCACAGUGUACCUUGGCACAAAACCAACUGUUUAUCCCCAAAUUAAUGUUUCAAAGAUAAUAUAUUAUUUAGGAAUACUUUUAUCCUACUUGUUCCCCAAAAUUCUUCAGGUGGCUAAAAGAGAACUGGGGAGGAGAGAAGAGAGAAUGCAGGAAACAUAAUGGCAAUACCUAAACAUAUAGUAGUUGAAAUGGAAUGCAAAUAAAUGUCUUCAGGGCAAUUGAGCCUGCCUCUUCAUUCCUGGAAACUAGUCAGUACUUUCUAUAGAGCAGAUGUGGGAAAACCUGUGACCCUCCACAUAGUGGACUCAACUUCCAUCCGCCCCAGUCAGCAUGGCUAGUGAUCAGGGAUAAUGUGUGUUAGGGUCCAAUGACAUGUAGAGGGUCACAGGUUUCCUAUCUAUGCUAUAGAGUCUCUGGGGCUAUUUAGGCAUGGUGUGAGCAGGCAUAAGCCUAGCGCUUCCUCCUCAGGUACAAUAUUCUUUCAAGCCUAAUUGCACCUAAUUUGGUGGGGGUAUUACUGAUAGGACAUUUUGACUGACAUAAGCUACAGGUCAGUAAAAUUCAGCUACUUGAUCUAGCCAUUUGACUAGAAUUGGUGGAUCUGGGAGUGUUGUAUAGCUGGUGAAGAAGGAAGUAUGAAGUAAAAGGUUGUGUUGCUUGUGGGAUAUUGUGGGAUACAGGUCUGUGAGAAAUGGCUAGCAUUGACCUCAUCAUCAUCCUCUGAGAUGUGAUAUGAAUAAACAAACUUCCAUCUAUGAAGUCCUGACGAGAGAUGAAUGGAUACAAAAACUUUUGGAUUACGCAGAAAUUGUGAAACUUAUCAGAAGAAUAAGAAAUCAAGAUAACAUUUUUAAAAAAUAAAAGAAUGGUAAUGGUUUAUUGACUAUCUAACAAACAAAUUAUAAACAGAUAAAAGACAUUGGCAGGAUUGUUGUAAUAACUUGCAAUUUAUAUAUUCUUUUAAAAUAGAUGAAUAAAAGAAUAAGUUAAUUUAGAGUAUGCAGGAAGUGAUAAAAUAAAUUUAAGGAACCGCAGGAAGAGAAGGAAGGAAGUCGAGAUUUGAAAUGUUAGAACUAAUGUUAAACUAUUGAAAUGUAUAUAAAUGAAGAGUAUGAAUAAUUUAUUUUAAAAAAAACUUCAUCAGUGCCAUAUCAUGUUUCUCUAUAUGUUCGGAUUUCAAUGAAGAAACGACCCUGCAGUUGUGAGUUGGGCAGCCUGGCGGCUCUAGACGAGGCUUCUCCAACCUGGUGUCUUCUGGAUGUCCAAAAUAUCUGGAGGGUACCUCGUUGGGGAAGGCUGUCACAGGCUAUGUGGAGGGGAUCACAUUAUCUUUUUGAUAGUAUGUGACAAGAGUAUUUACAUGGAAAUAGGGGUGGGUAGGAAUUCUCUCCCAACUCUAAAUUCAGCCAAGUGAGAUAAUUUGUUUUGGGACUAUUAUUUCUUUUAAGUAAACAAUAGCAUUAUGAAAAUAAACUUUCUUAGAAAGUUGUACUUACGUUUCCAUAUUUGCAUUUUAGGGAAAAGCUUAUCGUGACCAGCAGCUUUUGCUUCUCCAAGAACAUCUAGAAAAACAUUAUAGAAGCCGCGAUCGGAAGUGGAUUGUAUUGUUUCCAGAAGGUGGUUUUCUUAGAAAAAGGAGAGAGACCAGUCAGGCAUUUGCCAAGAAAAACAAUUUGCCAUUUCUUACACAUGUUACACUGCCAAGACUGGGGGCCACACAAGUUAUAUUGAAAAACCUGAUAGCUCAGCAAGAAAAUGGAACUCUGGCAGGUGGCGAUGCUCCAGAAGCAGGUAUGGGUCAUUUUAACUUUUUAUAGAACCAGUUGCCAGCUGAUUGGGAUCUCAGAAUCAGAAUCAGGUCAAAAUGAGUGUCAGGUUUUAUGUUUUACCUAAAAAUAUUUUUUAAUGUAACUUAAAAAAAAAAAGAAUUGGACUUUUUGGGCCAUCCAAAAAUACAUAGCACUUCCAAGCUAUAGCAAAUUCAAGUCAUCCCAGAAUUAACAAAUGCUUAUUUUUUUCCUUUUUAAAAAAAAUGCCUUAAAAUAUCUGGUGUGCCUUGGAUUACCUAACCACAUACAUUUAACUGUUCUGGGAUCAUAAGAGUACUGUAUACACCUAUUAGUGUAGGAGGGGAAGUUGUGAGUGUGUUAGAGACUGAAGUGCAAAUUACUACUUCUAUAUUGUUGACUUUUCCCCUGUUGUGCGUCUAUUAUAAGUCUGAGUGCCGGAAGGAGAAUAUAUAGCUCUCACCUGCAGCGUUUCAGAAUUCAAAGUUCUUUGCUGUAGGCUGCAUUUAAAACACUUCUACUGCAGUCCUUUCCUCCUACCUUACAGGAGUGAUCUCCACCAUGGAGCCUGCGGGCUAGAAAAUGGAAAGCACCGGCUUUUAUCUCAUGGAAACAACUUAUUUAAAAAUAAGUUUCCGUUACUCCCCUAAAAAGAGAAUUUUUUUUCCAUUGGCUAUCGGUUUAAUAACACUGCCUGGGCAUCUUUGUAUGAACAAAUUAAUUGUGGGCCAGGGGUGAAGAAGAAACAUGAGCUGAAGGAAAGUUAUUUUGUCCCGCCCAAUUGCAAAGCAACACCCCCCCCAGCCCACUUUGCAGCCAGGCUUCUCUGGAUGCAACACAUCCGUUAAUUAGCUGUGUGUCUUCAGUUAUUGUUGCUGCUUCUCCCCCCAGCUGCUUUACUGUGUUAAGAACAAAGGAAGUAUUUUGGAUGUGUUUCUUUGCCACCUCUAUUCCAUCACUCAUAACCUAGUGCUUCUAAAGGACUGCCACCUUCUCUUAGAUGGGUUCUUCAUGAACUGGGCCCUUUUGGUUGUGCAGAUGCUGUAGUAGAAUGUUCUUCCCUAGAGAGGCCUGCGUAGUGUCAGCAGCUGAUGAAAACCUGGCUCUUUAAAGAAGUAUUUGGGGGAAACUGAACUGAUCAUCUGUUGUGUUUGCUGAUUCCAUUAUUAUGAUAUUUUAUUAUGCUGUUUGAUAUUGCCUAGAUUAUUUGUACCUUUGUGCUGCUACUUAUUUUGAAUUUCCAGAAGAAAACGGGGGUAGAAAUUUAAUAAACAUGAUAUAUUUUGCUCUUGCUAUACUUGUACAUUAUUUGAGUUACAACUAUCCACAUACUGGCAACGUCCAACUUUCCUUUUUCCACCAAUUGAGCUUAUAAUGAUUGUGUUUUGGCAAUUCCUGUACAGCACAUUAUAGUAAUGUAGCCUGGGUGUUACUUGUGUGUGGCCUUGUCAUCGGAAAAAGAAUUUCCGCAUUAUUUUUCUACAUUACUUGUUUCAGAGUGAAGGUGUGUUGAAUUUGUAGCAUUGUUUUUACGGGGCUUUAUAGAGGUAUGCUUUCCAAAAUGCAGCUGUGUUCAAAAUUAAUAUGAGAAACUGGGGGAGCUUUCUCUGUAUUUUGCUUUGCAAAACAGUCUCUGACUUUUGGGAGACACAGCAGAAUUAAACAAGCAAUUUAUGUUCACCAUGUAAGUGAGAUUACUUAUUUAAGAUCUGAGACUCAGCUGAAUUUAGGUAUCUGUAGGAAUGUGAGUUUACAAGGAAAAAGGCAUAUUCAUUCAUUUGCGUGCAGUUCUUUGUUACCUGGCCAGCUUCUGGCACACCAAAUGCGAUUUCUUCUCUCUUGAGACCUUGACAUUGACAGUUGGUCUUGCUCAGUAUUUGAUGAAGCAUAUUGUAGUUGCUUGGCAGUUUCAUUGGUCUUGCCAGCAGUGUCCUGUCUCCAGUCCUUCCUUUCGUUGUUUUAUAUAACUCUACAGGAUAUCCUAAAUCUCGUCAAGAACGUGGUGCAUACAUAGCAAAUUAUUUGGUAUUCCUCAGGGUUAGAGUUUUCUGUUUUUCACCUGGACUUCAUUUUACAAGGUUAUAGUGUCUGAUUAUAUGUAAGUUUGGUUUUCACACGCCACUGCUUCAAGGUUUAUCUUGUUUUUUAAUGACAAUGUGGACUAACAGAAACUUUAUCAGAAUACUGGACCUCGGCAGUAUAAGCAGUUUCCAGUUGUUGUCCAUUUUUUUAAGAGAUGCCUUUGUGUGUCACGAUAUAUUUGGGCUCUUUAAAAUGAUCACAUUGCAGAGUCAAUUUUCAGGAGCACAUUUCUGCUAAAGAUUGUGAUUACUGAUUGUUGUAAACCUGCUAUUGGAGCAUUGUGUUUAUGCAUUAUUCCCGAUGUGUUAGAAAGUCUCAUUAGUAACAUCCUCAUUGGACCAAAAUGGGCUUGCAAAUACCUUAACAUUGAACCUGAGCAAUUAAGUGUUCAGUGACAGAGGUGUAAUGGAAUGAAAUAGUUUGCAAAAAAUUGUUGGAAUGCACUACUUGCUGAUAACUGAUGAAAGUUUUUAUUAAUGUAGAUAAUGAAUAAAUCUCAUUUACAUAGAUCAGCAUGUGUUAUUUAUUGAAUUAUGAUCUCAUAUGAUAGAACUCUGAUGUCAUUUUAAAGAAGUAUUUUCUUUUGUCUGCAAUAGCUGACCCAGUUUAAAUUUGUGAGUUUGUUAUAUACUGCACACAGAUGGAUGCAUAGAUGCCUCCUCACCCUCGAACAUGCUGCUUUGUGCCUAAUUCCAGUUUUGACCAGGCUUAAUUGAUUUAAAAUAGUUUACCUGUAUGAACCCAGCCCUAGUUGUUCUGUAUAACCAUAGUACCUUUUGUUUAUGUUUUAAUCCUGCAAAGAGCACAAGCCCAAUAUUUCUAAGUUACUUAGGGCUGGAGUUAGCCUAUGAAGAGGAACCAGGAUUGAGAAGUAGAGAUUGUAUAAGAGAUGGACAGUACAGGAGGUGAAGGAGUAGGAAAUAAGAUAAGUUUAUAAGUGAGAAGUGGGCACAGUGUCUGAGAAAUCUAAAUUAAUAGGGAAACAUUCAAGUCACUGCUACAAUGUGCUGCUGCUACCUGUAGAACAAAUGAAUGGAAUAUCCAGUCUAAAACACCUGUAUUACCUAUUUUGGUCUAUAGGCAGCAGCAAUAUGCUAUAACAAUGCCUUCCUGAAUCGUUUCAGAUGAGGCUGAGAUGUGCCCGGCCAUUUGUUUAUUAAUACUUUAGAGCUUUCGUUUCAAAUGCAGUGUUAAAUAUUGCUGGCUUUUAAUGAUAAAAAUUGGGUAAUGAUAGACAAAUAUUGGAUAAUCUGCUGGCUUAUUUAUAUUCAUCAAAUUGAUGUUUACCCAUUGAAUGCAGGUAGAAUACCUUUUGUAAUCUUUACUGCAGUUCACAACUGAAGGGAUGUCUUGUUUGGUUUAUGUGGGAAGAUAAAUAUGCUCUUCGUUUUAGAUUUGGAGUUUACUUUUUCUGGUCUGUCAGCAUGCAUAACCAAUGAAUCCUAUCCUGGCUCUAGAUAUCAAGCACAGCCCACACUGCGUGCUUUUAAGCAUUUAGGUCCCACAAAAUGAGAAACAGAGUUGAGUGAGACCCUAUCUUUUUAUUUCAACCAACUAUUAUUAUUUUAAAAUCUUUUCAUCAGGUUGGAUAUUCAAAGGGGGAAAUGAUUUUGAAACAUACUGGAUCAGACCACGAAUCCGUCUUAUAGUCCUGCAUUAGACCAGACAUUCACUUCCACGAAACCCACAAGCAGGGCAUGAUGCCAGCAGUUCUGUCACUUUGUCAAUUCAGUGUUUCGGCAGAUUUUUAAUAUCAAGACACAGGAAUUUAUUUAAAUCAAAUGCUUCCAUUUAGAUAUCUAAGUCUGAGCUAUACUGUUUAGUGUCAGAUGGGCUUCCCUGAGACAAGCAAUAUAUCAAUUAUUGCUGUAUUUAAUAAAUACUACACUUUUUCUGCUCUCCCUUCCAAAGCUAUGACUCCCAAUUAUAUUGGUGGCACAAAGAUGCCUUACUUUCCUGGUUGCUAAACUUCUAAAUGGAGAAUGUGUAUGGGUGUUAUAUAUUUGUUUGUUACUUGGCUGGGAUUCGUGUAGCCCAAAAUGUUAUCCUCGAACGGGUAGUAUUGCUAAAAGACGUUUCUUCCUUUUCUGUUUCUUUGAUUGCUCUGAGUGUUGUGAGAAUUUGCCUUGGCACUGGAUGAAAGCCGCCCUACUGAAGAGCACAUUCAGAACUGCUAGGCCAAGCUAUUGCACUUGGCAGCCCCUGACUGCAAGGAACCCAGAGGGAAGGAAGGGCCUGUAGAGAGUGAUAGAUAAAUACAUGCCGCAGCCUGCAGGGUUUCCAUUCAAAUCCCCGCGGGCUAAUUUACUUGCUUCCAGAGGAAGCAAAGACUAAGAGUAUUCUCGAGUGGAGCAACACUGUAAAAAAAAAAUAAAUUAAAAAAAAUCUUUUUAGGUAUAGUCUCUGAAGUAUUUACAAAAUUGUAUUUCUUCUGGUAGCACAACUGGGAUUUCUUCAGAAGCAUUAGUCUCUGAUCUGCUCUUUACUCUGGCACUUUUGUGGUAAAAGCUGGAGGCCAAGGAGGUGAGCUUGCUCUUUUGUCUCCUUCAGCUCUGAUGCCAUAGCACAGGUUUGUCUUGGGCUCAGAGGCCUAAGGACACAAUAAGGGGGUCUAUUGGUUUGCUUUUGCUUUUGUUUUAUUCUGUAUUUUGUGUUCUCAUUUUGUUUGUUUAUAUUGUGAACCUCCCUGUGAUCUUUGAACAAAGUGCAGUAUACAAAUGUUAAUAAUAAUAAUAAUAAUAAUAAUAUACCCUAAAGUCCUACAUUGAGUUAUGGUCUGAAGUGGAAGGAUUGGGGGGGGGGGUGAUGAGCAGCCUUGGCCCUCCUUUUGCCCCAAAUUAAUUUUAAGUACUUCUUCGCUGGACUGAGGAGGAAUAAUUGGUGAACCACUUCUUUCCAUUCAUCUCUCCAAAUUUUGGGCCUUAGCUGGCCAAGAGUAGCACAUACGCCCAAGCCUUGUCCAAGGUUUUUUGGAGCCUCCCAGGUUUUUUGGGAGGAAGCAGGCAGGGGUUCAUUGUGACCCACCUCUAUUUGGGACCUAUGGUAGGGUUGCCACAUGUCCGUUUCCCCUGAGACGUGUCGUCAUUUUUUAGGGUAAAGAUUCCAGGCGGGUUUUAAUUUUUUUUGCAAAACGUCCAGGUUUUUUAUGGCAGCAUCAUGGCGACAGUGGUAGCGAGGUGGAAGCCCGUGUGCCCUAUACUCCAUCACCCUCACCAGGCCCACAUUCUGGCUCGUGGUGCCUGGCUCGUUUGCUCUCCUCUUUCUCCUCUGAGGCUGUAGCACGGCGGGCAAGGCCGCUGCAGCACUCAGGGCACGGUUGCUAAGGGAACAUCUGCCUGCGCACUGAGAGGAGGAGGCAAGCAGGGGCAGGAGAAAGGAAAGGUGAGGGCGCUGAGAGCCAUGGGGCAGCAGUAGAGCGUGUCUCUGUUCUGCUCAGGGAAGGUAUGCACACGCACACACACACCCCACUCCGGUGGCAGGGUGAGGGGCAGAGGACAAAAGCAAGUCUAGAGUGAGAGACUAGGAUAAAAUCCACUGUUUCCACAACUUCUUCUUGUGAGCUUUCUGUGGGUGAGUUGAGGGUUUGAUUGGACCCUGGCUGAGAACCCAAAGGCUGAAAGGGAGGGUGUGUUAGGAGGAAACUGAAUUGGUACUGAUUUAUAUGUAAUAAUAAUAAAAUAAUAAUAAUAACAACAACUGUCUUUUUCCAAUAUUUUAUUUUAAUUGUUGUUGCUUCAGUUUUUUGUACACCGCUUAGAGGUAUUUUUUAAUAUAUUAAACGGCAUAGAAAUUAAAUAAUCAAAAAAGUAUGCUUUGUAAUUGUAAAAUAAACUGGUGGGCAAUCUGACCUUUUAAGAAGACCUUGCAAGACUGAAUUCAGGGCACCCCUGGCCCUCAGAGCAUAAGAAUUACCUCAUGCAAGCAGAUGCAGCCUUUGAGGGAAUGGUCAUGGCUCAGUGGUGGAGCAUCUGCACAAAGAAGACCCUUGGUUGUGUCUUUAGCUCAGCAAGGGCACAAAAAACUUCCUCUGUUAGCAACACCAGAAAGCUGCUGCUCAUUUGCCCCAUGCAGUGAGCCCCAUGCAGCACCAGAUCAGGGAAGAACCUUCUUUCUCAGGCUGGCCCAGGCAGGAAGGGGUAUAAAGCACUUUGUUUUUCAGCUGACUCUUUUCUAAACCACAAGGUCCACCUGAUUCUAUCACAACUUGCCUCUGUGGUCUUGUUUGCUGGUCCAGACCCCUGGCUUGUUCCCUGGUCCAGCUUUCUGGAUUGCCCUCAGGUACUGGUGGUCAUGGAGUCCUGACUCUCCAGGCCACUCCUUGCCUGUGGUCCAGCCUUGACAUGCCACUGGUCUCAUAGACAGCACUGAGCUAGAUGGACAAAUGGUCUGACUCUGUAUGAGCCAGCGUCUUACAUUCGUGGUCCCCAUCACUGCACACUAGGACACAGAUAGUCCUCUGCUUUCAGAAAAGAGGAAGAGCGUGGAAGAUGUGGCAACAGUGCUUUUUGCUUCUCUACUUGGGGAAGUACAGUAAUACAGUGUGGCUAUGGAGCUUGUGCAUGUGUGCUCUCUCUCUCACUCUUCCCCUUUCGCCUCUGGCAGAGACAGAGUGUGUACAUCAGGUCACUGGUCAGGGCACAUCAGCACACUGUAGCUAUUGCUUUUAUAGUGGCUCCCUCAACUGUUUGCAGAGUGUGUACGUGUAGGUUGGAGCUAGUUCUGCUUGCAACAUCUCCUUUUCUAUCUUCUGGUUUUAAGAACAGAAAUGGAGAGAGCAAUGAGCACUACUUUCUUCAUGCUGCAAUUUCUUUCUGCGGUGCAAGGUAGCCUAUACUGGCUUCCAAUGUGUGUAGAUGACCCUUGGGGGAAUUACGGGUUUAAUUUUCCAGGGUUGCUUGAAUAUCAACAUAUAUAGCAUGGAAGAAGUGGAAGCCAGGAUGAAACCUGAAACAAAACAAGCAGUCCCUGGAGGGAAAAGUUGAUGUAGCUGGCUGCUAAGUCCAGCACACCAGGGUAAUUGGACCAUUUGCUGAAAAGAAACUCUCAGUGUCUUCUAAUGCAGAACAAAAGUAUUCUAAUUGGAAAGAUCAAAAUAGCUUGGCUGCUUGAGAUCUGUGUGUCAAGAUUGUAAGGAAGGGGUUUAGGAACCAUCUCUUUCCUGUUGCAAUGUUGUCGCUCUUGGCAGAAAUUAUAAUGCAUUACACAUAUUUAUUGAAACAAAUCAACCUGUCCUUUGGCUUAAGGUUUCUCAGCAGUCCAUUAUAUGCAUAAGAAGUAUGCCUUUGAAAGGCAUACAUGUCACAGAGUUACGGGCCAGUGCGCUAUGUGGAGAAUAAAGCAUACAGUUAAAAUGUGACACAUGAUUAUAUUACAGUGGACGCUCGGGUUGCGAACGUGAUCCGUGUGGGAUGCAUGUUCGCAACCCGCAGCGGUGCGUCUGCGCACGCGCGGGUUGCAAUUCGGCACUUCUGCGCAUGCGCAAAGCGCAACCAGCGCAACCCGGAAGUAACCCGUUCCGGUACUUCCAGGUUUUGGCAGUCCGUAACCCGAAAAAACACAACCUAAAGCAUCUGUAACCCGAGGUAUGACUGUAUUUUAACGGCCGCUUUUGUCUGUAAUUUUAUGUCUGCGCGCUACAGGCGGUGAUAACUUUGUGUGUGUCCAGUUGACACACAACUGCCAAUGAAGGGGUCCUUUUGGACCUGGAAGAGGGCAGAAUGGUGGACAGAACAGGGCAGCGAGGGCAUUGUGCUGACACAUGCAGGGGCCAGCAUGGAAGCCCCCACGCACAAUGGUUGCCACCUGUAUUUUAUUCUCCUCCUGUUUUGUAUUUUUUAUGGUGGUUGAGUUAUUUUGUGGCUAAGAUACCUUGAAUGCUAUUUAGCUGAGAGGCAACAUAUAAACCUUUCAAAUAAGUUAGACAAUUAAUUUGGGUGAAAAUAAAACAUGCUUAACUUUAUCUCAGUUGCUCUCUUUCUCUCAAUUAUUUUCAUGGUAGUUUUGUCAUCAUAAACCAGUUUGGCAUACAGUACUUUGGUUCUUGUUUCUAUGAAGACUUCCUUUCUUAGGUAUGAUGAUGGUUUCUUCCUUGGCGUUGAGAAUAUCCUCUAGUCAUUGAUUGUGAAUAUAUGGUUUCCUGUGAUUUAAAACUUCUACUUAAAUAGUAAUGAAGUGUUAAUGUAAAUGGGCUAUAAAUUAAAAUGUGUAUCUGUAUAUUGUUGUGUUAAAGAGUUAUUAAAUAAUAGCCGCUAUUUUGUUUGCUAAAAAAAUAUUUUGAAAAGGGCUCUGUCUGCAUUGAGAAAGUGUGAUGAAGAAGCUUUUGAAAGCUUGAAAGAGAAUGAGUAACUAAGAGAAGAAAGGUCUCUAGGCGAUGAGAACUUACGCCAAAACAAAUAUAUUAGUAGGUUGCCAUGUCUUCUUUGAUACUACUUCAUACAUUGCAUGCUGAUCCUGGUAUUGAAAACAGAUUUGUGUACUAAGCCUGUUGAGACCAGAGGUUGCAAGCACUUGCAGGCUUCAGCGGUGUAUCAGACGUAUGUCAUUUCCUCUGCCCAGAGAGAAAGUGCUCCUACACCGAACAUGGCACUAGGUUAAGCUUUUUAAGUGCUUGGCUUAAUUAGCAUCUCACUUGUUGACAGAAUGCCAGAAAUUUAAUGGUGUACCUUUAAUGCUUAUUGAUAAUUUAAAUCAUGUUGGUUAGGGCAUGGUGCUGAUAAUGCCAAGGCUGCAGGUUCGAUCCCCAUAUGGGACAGCUGCAUAUUCCUGCAUUGCAGACGGUUGGACUAGAUGAUCCUCAGGGUCCCUUCCAACUCUAUAAUCCUAUGAUUCUAUGUUGUUAUUAAAACAUCCUCACAUUGUAUAUCUGAAUAAUCCUACUAAUGUACAUACAGCCAUAGAAACAUCAAUGUAUUUCAAUAAGAAGUUCUUUAAAGCAAGCAGCAGUGCUAAUAAUACACCUUGAAUUAUUCCUUCCUAGGGCUAUAUGGAAGAUACAAGGUAGAUUUUUUUUUUUGUGAGAACAGGGUGAGAGGGAUUGGGGAGGAAGGGAGAUGAAGUGGGGUCUUUGGAUAACCAGAAUUUAAAUAAUUGAAAUGUAUGACAUCAUGAUCAAGGAUAGCCAUUUUUGUAUAUUAUGAUUUGGAAUAUAAGGGAGUUUUCUGCCAAUUCUCUAAUUUGAGAAGUAAGAGUUGAACAUGUUCCUGCCUGCUUUGGCAUCGUGUAGUAUGGUGGUAUUUCAUCAAAUCAUAGAAUGCAGAUUAUUAUCAAAUGAGUUGGCGUGAUGUACUGUAUUAGAACAGAAGUAUGAUACUAAGAAUUGAAAAUCAUACUCUUUCUGUUUCCUUUCUUUUGUUCUAUAAUCCCCUUUCUUAGAAAGUAAAUCAAAAGGUCUUCAGUGGGUGAUAGAUACAACCAUUGCAUAUCCCAAAGCUGAACCCCUAGACAUCCAGACCUGGAUUCUUGGCUACAGGCGACCAACAAUUACACAUGUACAUUACAGGUAGGACAAAUAUGUUUGUCUUCUGUUAAUUUUAAAUUGAGACCUGGAAAAAAUACAUUAGGUACUUGUAUUUUGGAAUAUGACUGGCUUGAAAUAAAAUUUUCACAUUGCUUUCUUCCUCAAAGCUCUUCAUUUUUGGACAAGCAAAUUAUUUUCAAUAAGGUAACUUGGGGGUGUAUGUUUGUAGAUAGAAGUUUCUGGGGAAAAGUGAGGUUUUUUACCUCCCAAUAGCAUAAGAAAGAAUUCAUCAAUAGCAUAUGCAGAAUUCAUCAUGCGAAAGGCUGGGCUGAAUGAAUCCCAAGCCGGAAUUAAGAUUGCCGGAAGAAAUAUCAACAACCUCAGAUAUGCAGAUAACACAACCUUGAUGGCAGAAAGUGGGGAGGAAUUAAAGAACCUUUUAAUGAGGGUGAAAGAGGAGAGCGCAAAAUAUGGUCUGAAGCUCAACAUCAAAAAAACUAAGAUCAUGGCCACUGGUCCCAUCACCUCCUGGCAAAUAGAAGGGGAAGAAAUGGAGGCAGUGAGAGAUUUGACUUUCUUGGGCUCCAUGAUCACUGCAGAUGGUGACAGCAGUCACAAAAUUAAAAGACACCUGCUCCUUGGGAGAAAGGCGAUGGCAAACCUAGACAGCAUCUUAAAAAGCAGAGACAUCACCUUACCAACAAAGGUCCGUAUAGUUAAAGCCAUGGUUUUCCCAGUAGUGAUGUAUGGAAGUGAGAGCUGGACCCUAAAGAAGGCUGAUCGCCAAAGAAUUGAUGCUUUUGAAUUCUGGUGCUGGAGGAGACUCUUGAGAGUCCCAUGGACUGUAAGAAGAUCAAACCUAUCCAUUCUUAAGGAAAUCAGCCCUGAGUGCUCACUGGAAGGACAGAUCCUGAAGCUGAGGCUCCAAUACUUUGGCCACCUCAUGAGAAGAGAAGACUCCCUGGAAAAGACCCUGAUGUUGGGAAAGAUUGAGGGCACAAGGAGAAGGGGACAACAGAGGACGAGAUGGUUGGACAGCGUUCUGGAAGCUACAAACAUGAGUCUGACCAAACUGCGGAGGCAGUGGAAGACAGGAGUGCCUGGCGUGCUCUGGUCCAUGGGGUCACAAAGAGUCGGACACGACUAAACGACUAAACAACAACAAGCAUAAGAAAGUCAGACUAUAACAGCAUACUCCUUGAAUUAAAGCCAGUACUUCAGUUAUGGUCAAAUGUGUCUUUUGAAAACCAAAGCAAGGAAGUUGUUUCUCACUUGGCUAAUAAUUAGACAUAGAGACCCUAUCCAUCCAUCCAUGGCGAUCUUACAUAACAUCAUACAAUGUGGCUCUUGCAAAUGUGGCAAACAUUUACUGGGUCUGCCCAUGACAUCUGUAAUGAAGAAUGCUGAAUGCCAGGUCAGUCUGCAAUAAACCAUGCGAAUCCAUGCUUUGAUCAUGGAUGAACAGGUGUAUCACCAAGACCUGCUCAUCAGAUGUGACGUCAGACAUCAGUCAUGCACAUUUGCCAAAGAAGUCUGGUUAGUCUUGCGUUCACCUGCCAUAUGUCCACCAUGCGUUUACAUGUAUUUGCCCUGCAAACAAUAGUAGUGUUUACUACAAGACUCGCUUUCAAUGUAUCUACCCUGGAUUUGCCACACACAGCAUAAAGUGGUCCUCUGAUAAUGACACAAAGCAAGUUGAUAGAGGCUUUGGGAAAAAUACAGAAUAGUGGGGGCCAAUUAAAUUUAGCUUUAAUGCAUAAAGCCUACAACUAACAGACCACUGAGUGCAGGCUAGAGAGUGGGGGUUGAGCCCACCUUUCCACAGUGACUUGUCACUAAGUCUGGCUGCUAAGUUGCUUCUCUGUUGAGUUACCUGAAAUAACUUGGGAGAAAUAUAUUUGGAAGAGAAGGGUCAGCAUUUACUGUUUUCUUCUGUUCUUUCUUUCUCGGGUCCAGUUUGGACAACCAUUCCUGUCUGGUUAAUGAAUCCAGUAACAAGUGCUCCUCCCUUACCCCUUUGCUCCUUCCAUCACACUCUGUCUUCACCAUGAAGAUCCUGACCUGCAUUAAGCCAGAUUCCCCCACUUUUUGUGUAAUGCAAAACUCUGCUUUAGAACAAGCCAAGAUCUUCAUGCUGAAGCUGGCAUACAGCGGAAGGAGAGAAGGGUUUAAGGAGGGUUAUUAUAUUCGAUACAAAAAUAGUCAAGUGGGUUUAUUAUAUUUAUUUUAGAAAUGUAUGUUCCCCUUUUUCUUCAGUCCACUUACCGUUCCAGAGUUCAGCUCCGUAGAAAAUGUUCUGCAUAAUUUCAGCAGAAGCCAGCUGUGCACAGUUUCAGUUGCCUGUGAUACUAUCAAGGAACAUUUUACCCUCCCAUGUAACCCCUGGAGCAGUUUUGUACUUUAUAUGGUGACAAUUGAAAGGCAUGCAGCAGUUUUUAAACAUUAAAAAGGUGAACCUUCCACUUGAAGCAUUAAGGGAGAGAGGUACGACCAGUGGUCAAGUCAGGAAUCUACUGGUCUUCAUGCAGUUGUGAAUCCAGGAGACCAGGAUGACAGAUCAGUGGGGGAAAUGCUUGGGUGGGGGAGAACAUUUGAACAGAGCUGAGACCUGGCACUUCAUAAUCCUAUUCAGUCACCUCCCAGGUCUCCCCUGAGAAUGUGUAUUGUAUAAAACAUUGCACACACAGCUGCAGCCUGUUCCUGCAAAUCUUUUCAGUGUUGUGAAUUAGAGUUUAAAUAGCACUCAGAAAUCUGCUGAAGGUAAUGAAAACAUAACAGUGUAGGAAGGGCGAAUGAAAGGUGGGAUGGCAAACAGAAUCCUAUUAUGAAAGACUUUUUCUUUUGGAGACUAAACUCAACUAGUCAUUUCAUGCCUUUAACUUGAAGGCCAGUGCACAGCAGUCUUACAUAAGAGAAGCCAAAAGGCACUUACAUUAAAGAGCUCGCUAAUGAGAGUGGAGAGCAGCUACUUUCUUGACCUUUCGAUAUCUUCCAGGCUUGUUGAAGCUAAAACGUAAUAGCAAGAUCCUGGAGAAAAAGAGAGGCCGUGAUGAUGUGAAUGGAAAUUUAUUGGUGAAAUGAGUAAGAUAAAUAUUUGGUGGUUGAAGUGAGCGUGAAAUUUUCCAUUCAGUAAAUUAACUUUUUGUCAUGGGGCAGUGAAACAAUGUUCCUCUAGCUAGCCAUCCUAUUAUGAUAUGUAUUAUGAAGGCUUGAGGGGGGUGCAAUUUGAUCUUGUGUUUUGGAAUAUUUGGGGCAUAGGGUUAAGUGCUAUGGUGAUGGCACAAUAGGAUGCUCUUCUCUGGCUCUUCCUUUGAGGACUGACCCUGGCUGUUGUGGCAUAAAUGAUGCUAUUCUGACAUUAAGGAAAAGUCCUGUUUGGUGCAGAAUUGCCCCCCAAAUGCUCUCAUGGGGAUAUAGGGCCAUACUAGUUGUCCGUACUUUGCUUACUAGAUUGAAAUUCUGAAUCCAGGGAACUAGAAUGAGUUCAGGAACAGAAGGCACAGCAUAUAUGCAGACGUGUUUUAUUUACAUAUGAAUAGAAUGAUAAAGGCUGAAGAUGCAAUGGGAACUGGCCUUGAGAAAGGAGCAGAGGAAAGUUGGAGAAGAAAUGUGCCAGGAUAAAUAUGCUUGAUGGACGCUUCUCAUUGUGAAAUAAGAAUUGGGCUGGUUUGGUACAGGGAACCAAUGUUUGAAUAUAAGAACUUUCAGAGUCUGCAUUCCCCCCCCCCCCGAAAAAAGGUGUGUUGACAAGGUGGUAGGAGAGUGGCUACACUGACUGCAUCUUCCUUCCUAGGGAGAACUGUUUUGCCUCCUCUUUAAUAGCCUUUCACCAACACGUGAGGACUUUUUCUUUCUUUUUUCUUUUGCUUAGACAUGCCUUCGGAUUGAUUGUAUUUGACUAAUUAAGGUAUUUGAAAAGAAGUGUAUCUGAAGGAGUGUGCAUGCACACGAAAGCUUAUACCUAAAACAAACCUUGUUGGUCUCUAAGGUGCUACUGGACAAUUUUUUAUUUUAUUUUUUAUUUUGCCUGCGUCAGACCAACGUGGCUACCUACCUGAAUCUAAGGUAUUUGAAGUGUGCCCCUAAAGAUUGUUGCAAGAGAUGAGUCCAACAAUUGGUUGCUUUUUUAAAAAGUGUAAUGGGUUAUGCAAACAGUUCUUCUGAGAAUAGAAUGAAUGAAUGAAUAAAUAAAUAAAUAAAUAAAUAAAUAGUGGAGAAUAUGCCAGGUCCUGUUCCAGAGUUCACCUGAUUCACCUUACAAAUGGGAAAUGAUUUCAUAUGUCUAGUAUACUGUUCUGUCUGUCUUUGAAAUGCAGGAUUUUUCCAAUUAAAGAUGUACCUGUUGAGCCUGCAGCCCUCACCAUUUGGUUGUAUCAACGGUUCAUUGAAAAGGAGGAUCUUUUGUCACACUUUUACAAAACAGGUAACACUUUCUUGAGAUAAAAAGCAAGCAUUUUAAAUAUUCAUCUCCUUUCAAGCGUGUUUUCACUUAAUGGUCAACUAAUUAGAAGUCUAGGAUUAAGUUGCCCACUAUCAUUAGAGAUGUGAAGGUGGACAUUUUCUCCCAAUUUUCCUGGGUUUUCCCCAAGCCACCCCAUCUCUAGUUAUCAUCUCAGGUCUUGGACAUUGCAUUUCUAACGUACCUGAAUUUUGCAGAACCUUUUUUUUUUUUUGUAUUGUAUUGUUGGCUUUGUUAUGUGCCUGUUAAUAAAUAAAAUAUUUAGAAAUGACUCUCUUAAAAAAGUAUUGAACAUGCCACUUUCAGCCCAGUCCUCUACAUGUCUACUGAGAAGUAAGCCUCGUUGAAUUUAGUAGGGCUUUUAUUGCAGCAUGAAUUUUAAGAUUGCAGGCAUGGGAUCAGCCAUGCGGGUAAUGCAAAAGUUGUCAUUACAUAUUCUCUUACUGUCUUGCUGCACUUCGUGAUGCUAUUGCAUACGAGUCUAGAUACAGAGCGGCAUGAGCCUUUGGGAAGGGCAACUGGAAAAUUCUCCUUCCACAGGAGCUGGAGGGAAUGUUCUGACAUGUGAAGAGGGGAAAGCAUAACUUGUAAACAGUGGUAAUGCUGAAGUGGAGGAAGAUUCCCCAGUGAGCAUUGAAGCAUUUUAAAAUGCACAUUUUUUUUAACUUUAUAUGCUGCUACCAUGCUGCCCGAGGUAGUUCUUAACAAAUGUUUACAAAUCUCAUUCUGAAAGCGUAACCCAGGCUUACUCAGACUUGGCCCUCCAGAUGUUUUGAGACUACAAUUCCCAUCAUCCCUGGCCACAGGUUCUGCUAGCUAGGGAUCAUGGGAGUUGUAGGCCAAAAACAUCUGGAGGGCCAAGUUUAAGGAAGCCUGGCCUAACCGAUUGAGCCCUUUUUCUCUAGGAAGAUCCAAGUAAUCAGCUCCCCACCCUAUGCACAUUAGGGAAAUCUGAUACCAUCUGUAGUUGGAGGUUCCUUUACAAAUAAAUAGCUUAACCUGCCCUUUGGAUCCUUUCCAACUCUACAGUUCUAUGUUUCUAAUUACUACAUACGCCACACAUCCAGUAUAUUAAUGUGUAUACAAAUCUGCCAAGCCAUUCUCAUGCUGUCUCAUUGCAGAAAUGGCGCAGCCGUUGCUUCCUUAAUUUCACUUGCAAUUCAGGAAAAUUAAGGAGGGCCUAAGAAGCUAAACAAAUCCGAAAUCCUGUAGAUCCAAUUCUGCCUUUUCUCCUACUGCAGAGAAGAAGAAAACACACUAGCAAAACUUAAUUAUGUUAUGAGAAGGAUUUUUAAAAUCUGGCUUGUUGAGUGAUCCGCAUCUUGAUGAAUGAGAGCCAGUGCUGUGCCACAUCUGCAUUGCACCGAGUUCUUGUUCUGUCCGUGAUGUGGCAACACUCUGAAAAGGCAGCUUGAAUGUGCAACUAACAAACUGUUCCUUCUCUUCCAGGAGCGUUCCCCCCUUUGCAGGGACAGACAGAAAUUGUUUCCCGGGAGAUGACCCUUAGCAAUUUGUGGCUAAUACUCGUACAGUUGUUUGCGUUUUUGUCAGGUGGUAUGUGGUACUGCAUUCUUCAGUAUUUUUAUCAAUGCCUAUUUUAAAAGGUGAAUGAAUGGGACCUAAGAACAAGAGGAACUUGGUACUUUACAGAGUGCAUCAUGUUAUGUUCAAAUGUGAAUAUACCAGGAUAAAGGAACAUUACUGGAUGGACUUUCUCCCCCUUCGGGAAUUUUAAACUCCGCUAGGAGAGAGAAUCAGUAACACAGCAACCUAAUGAUGUAUUUUAAGAACUGUCCAUAUUUUUAAAGGGUGUGUCUUCCUCGCACAUCCACGUCAGCAAAUUCGGAGUUUGAACAGGAGAUACAAUUAUACAACCACCACAGGUGAACAUCUGCAGCAAGAUUGCUUUCACCGCAGGUAGUAUUCAGCAUUGUAGUAAAAACUCGGAAUCUUCAGCAACUUUCUCUCCAGUAGCCUGUACUGCAAGUCUUGUGGUAGAGAUCCCUCAUCUGCACAAGCUCAAGUUGUAUUGUAAUUAAUCAUGCUGGAUCUGUUUAAUGUACUCUGCAGACCUGGUUAUGGUAUUGUGACUGCCCCAUGUUACCUGUUUAGUAGAUACCUCUCUCUCUUCUCCUUCUGAAAAAAAAAAUCUCAGUGAGAUCUUGUAUGGGAAAGCUAGAAAAGGAAAAGCGCUCUGCAAAAGGCAUUAACUGUAUCAUGAAGUAUUGAAGAAAUUGUGCAUACCUCAUUGACCCAUCUGUUCUUACCAUGUUUUUUGUCUUCAAAUCUCUUGAGAGCAUCCUCUCUUAAAGGUACUUCACAUAUGGCACAUCACAUAACCCGCUUCCCAUUUUGGUUUUACAAUGCAUUUUCUAAAUUGGGAUCUUUUCUUUCUUUCUUUCUUUUUUUGCAAAACAAUUUUGAAAACGCAAUACAGUGAUAGAAAAGAGCAUAGCUUGAAAGGAAUUUAGAUGCUGUCCAUGACAGAUUGGAUUCUUGAUAGCUGUUAGCAGUUCAGAAAGGUCUGUGGAUUGCCAUCCCUAAAGUGUACCUGUUGCCACAGUCUAGCCCAGAUGAUAUGGGUGGGUGUUGUUUUUAACCUUUAUAGAGGCCUUUAUUUCCAUUUGACGCAACAGUACCUGGAACAUCCAUGUGAGGGUUUAUGCCAAGCACCACAAUUCUUUUUCUUAUAGGAAAAAUAAAUAAAAGGAAGUUAGCAGGGUCAUGAAACAGUAUAUCUAGUCACUGGGUAAAACGUUUGCUUUACCAUCCUGAACUAAUGUAAAAAUUCUCCGAACCAUGAAGAGCGUUAUGAAAUCUGCCAUCUUGCUGAAAAAUGUCACUGUCAUAGAAAGGGAAUUUUAAUUUAAGAGGCAGACUGGCACUAAAGCAGGAUUUCAGGUUAUACUGUUACAGUUUUAUAAUGGUUUUGAAGGAAAGAUAUUUGUUACCUAUCACUCUUGGAACGUUUGGCAUCCUGUCUGUAUCACUAUAUGAAGAUAUAUUUAAAAAGAACCAUUCCUAGGAAACAGUUCCUAAUUUCCACAUACAGACGUGCAAACGAAGCUUGAAUGACAGAAUGUUGUCUUUUUAUGGACUGUAAGUUUUUCUAAGAGCCAAGCCAAGCCAACAGUAGUUGUCUGUGCUAAGUUUGAGGUAUAUAUUCUCCUGGUUUUCCCCUGCCCAAAAUCACAUGAGAACCAAUUUUGGUGAGUAGUAUACAAAAUAAAAAUAUAAAACCACAGCAUCAUCCUUUUUUCUUUUGCUUUGAGUGGGGAAGAAGGGGAAUGGGAAGAGAUGAAUUUCCCCUAGCUAUGGGAAUGAAAUGUCAUCUUACUGAAUACAGGCGAAUAGUGUUUUUAAAUAAUGAAAUGCAUUUUAGCAUGGAUGAUGGCAACAUCCACCAUUCAUUCUAGAAGAUAACUCCGGUACAUUUCACUGGAAUGAGACCACCGCAGAUACAGGGCAAAAAGUCAGUUUGCAGUUCAGACUUGUUUAUUGAACUUCAUGCAAACUUAAAGAUAAAACAUAGAAAUAAAAUCCAUUUUAAGUAAAGCACUUCUUGCAGAAGGAAGCCUUUGGGGGGUGGGAGUGGCCAGAGUUCUUUGGUUUUUAAUCCUCUUUGCCUUGUUGUGUUAUAGCAAGCAGUUUGCUUCAUUUGUUACGGAGUUCAUUUCUGGUAAUGAUGUAUGUAGCUUCAAUCCUGAAUGACAAACAUCUUGAACUGGGAUGCAAAGCAGCAGCUGCUCUUUUAGUGUAUAAUUUAUUUGGACAUGCGACCUAUUUUAGGAAGGGCAUGAUUAUUCUGAAAACGAAGACUUGCAUCCAUGGGCGUAGCCAGGAUUUGGGGGGGGCAGGACUUUUGUUAGGGGAGGCAGAACCGACAUGAUUGGUCAGUUAAGUAUAUCUAUUGUUUUACUUGAUGGGGGGGCAGCUGCUCCCCCUGCCCCCUCUUGGCUAUGCCCAUGCUUGCAUCUAAAUGUAGGCAGUGAAAACUAGGUAUGCAUUGUUCUGCUUCAUCAGACUUCCUGUUCUGCUAUAGCUGCAUUGAAUUCAGCAGAACCAAAUCCAGAGUACGUUUGGGGGAUACAGAAGAAUGGAAAGCUAAGAGAACAUUUUUUUAAAUGUGUGUGUAUAUACAUGAAAUGCUGUAUAUAUGCAGUAGGUUGGUCCAGUCUGUUUUUGAGUACAGUAGUUCAGUUGAAAACACCCUGUGUUAAUGGUGGCUUGAGCCUUCCAUUUAAUACAGCAUUUCAUAGUGAGUGAGGCUUCAACAUAGGCAUCUGGUUGGCCACUCUGAGAAGAGGAUGCUGCCUGUUCCAGCAGGCUCUUUUGUCAUUGUCCUGGGUUGUCUGCUUCUUACAAAGAGGAGACAGGGGAUUCCUUGCGUGUUGGAAUAUAAUGAACUUCCUCAACAUCUUUUGCAUCACCUAAUCCCACAUAAGACAGUAUCUCACAACUUUGUAUCCAAAUUGUAGAGUUGGAAGGGACCCCGGGGGUCAUCAGUUCCAACCCCCUGCAAUGCAGGAAUUUCAACUAGAUCACACUACUGAUGGCUAUCCAGCCUCUGCUUAAAAACCUCCAGUGAAGUCCACCAACUUCCAAGGGAGUCCGUUCCACUGUUAAACAGCUCUUACCAUCAGAAAGUUCUUCCUGAUGAUAAUAAAAAUAUUAAUAGUAAUAGUUAUAAUUUUGUUAUUCAAGUCCUGCCCAUCUGAGUUGCCCUAGCCACUCUGGGCGGCUUCCAACACACAUAAAAACAUAAUAAAACAUCGGACAUGUUGAGUCGGAAUCUCCUUUCUUGUAACUUGAAUCCAUUGGUUUGAGUCAUCUAGAUGACCACCUCACAGUUCCUUCUUUGCAGCAGCUAGCUCACAUUAUAAUUCAUGUUCCUCUUAUGUACAAUGAAAGAGGUGCAUUUAUAUAAUGGUAUCAGAAUAGCUGAAGAUUGGAAAGGGACCACUAAUUUGUGUUGAACUACUUCAAUAGGCACCCUUGCUUUCUCUCCGGAAACAGUGUAGAGCCAGCUCAUCCCAUGCUGAAGCUUACCAUACUUGUAUGCCAUCAUACAGGCAUUAGCAGCCGUGGGACGUAUCUUGAUGCAUUGGGCUCAUCAUGCAAAACUCACCUGGCAAUUCAGACAUUGCUACACUCUUAACACACACACACGUGCAUUUUUCAAGCAGCGUGACUGGAGGAUGUAACGUUAGAAUUGACUCUGAAUAAUAAUAAUUUUAUUAUUUAUUAAAUUUGUGUACUGCCCUUCAUCCGUAGAAUUACAACAUUAAGAACACAAAGUACAUGAUAAAAAUAAGAACAAAAACAAACACUUAAUCCCUCCCUCCCACAGCACACUUAAAAGGGCAUCAGAUGUUAGUUGGCCAAAGGCCUGGUUGAAGAGGAACGCUUUCAUCUGGCGCCAAAAGGUGUAUAAUGAAGGCACCAGCCGAACCUCCCUGGGGAGAGCAUUCCACGAUAAUGAGGGCUGCUUUGGCAAAGCCUGAAUGGUGGAUGGCAAAUGCCCACUCACAAAGCUUGUUUUACUAUGGCCUGCAUAUUUAUUUUCUAUCCAGAAUAGUUUAUGUAGAAUAAUAUGCCCAGCGGAACAUUGUUUUAACAAAUCUAAUGGUUUUACAUGAGACAGUUCCAUUUAAGCAUUAUGGAACAGAAAACACAAGGAUAACAAUUACGAUGCUUUCUCAGGUUUGGUGUGGGUGUUGGAGAUUCAGCUGAACCUAUUCUUAGUCUUGCAAAUUUGCAUCAGUAUGUUAACUAGGUAGUGUAAAACAUCAACUGAAGAAGAUAGUAAGCGUUUUGAAGGCUAACCAUUUAUUAACAAGAAACCAUCACGGCCUUAACCGCUUUAAAGUGAUGCGUGCCAUUCACACAGAUCCCUUCCUCCCCACUCUUUGAGUUGAUAGUCACUGUUCUGCAAGCUUUCUUAACGUUUACGCAUUAUGCUGUUUUUAGCAAGAACUUAAGUUACAAUUGUAAACCUUACUUUAAAGAUCCAAAGGUUUUGUGGUGUUCAGGAAGCAAGCCCAUAUUCCUUUCAAAUCCAGCCAAAAUAUGUCAGGUCUGGUCUGCAAACGUGUGUUUUUGCGACUUGGUUUGUUCAGCAUAUGACUCACAACUGAAUGUGCGAACUGCUUUUAUAGAAAAGCAUUGCGUUGCGAAGUAAUGUUAAGUGAUGGCUCAUUGAGAGAUAGAGCAUGAGUCUGUGAACUGGGCCAGUCUAAUACAAUUAUGCAAACCAUGCCUAACCUACUAACAUCUACUCCACAGCUUCUUCUCAUUUUAAUGGGGACCCCCUUAUUAUAUCCUAACACUGCAGCACUUGGUGUUCUGUGCCCCAAAGCUGCUUUCCAUCCUCUUAACUGUUCAGUGCAUCGUCCCAUCUGUCCGUAGAAAAACAAGGAUACCAAACAGCUGUGUGGGGCAGCAGUUAAAGCUUUGAGAAUUUCCUCUAGACAAAAUGUUACAUGCACUUGGGACCAAAGUUAAUGAAUUUCUUUCUGGACUUCUCAGCAUACAGGUUGGUAUGAAGGAAUGGCACUGACACUUGGCCUUUAGCUGUGGAUUUCUGUUUCUCCCAAAAAACAAACACAAUGAAGCUUACAGCUGAAGCUACCAUACUGACGACAGGUGGCGGGGGGAGGGGAGCCGCAUGAAAAUGAACGUAUGAAAUAGCACGUUUUGCAGAGUUACACGCUUGGUUUUGUAAGGAGGGAGUUGGAAGAUUAAACUGCAAAGUCAUCACAAUUAGUUGUGAAUUGCUUUUGUUACUCUUGUACAAAAUUUGUAGGUUGUCCUGUUGUAUACCUGUCUGCGAAAAUUCCUUAAACAUAUGGUGGCUUUGAGAAAGUCUAUGCAUUUUAUUGUUAUACUUCUUAAAUGUCCAGUACAACCUUGCAUUGAAUUUCCUCCUUGAUGGUGAUGAAGAUGAUGGGGUUUGGGAUGCCAUAUUCUUUAGUUUGGUCUUUCGUCCUCUCUUUUGUGUAUCUGUUUUUCUUCCCCUUUUAUUUUAUGCCAUAUGUGAUUGGAAUGAUUACAGGCACCAUGGUGUAAGUCUGUUAAAGGACUGGUCACAUUUGGAUUUUGUGCUUCGAGUUGAUUUUUCUUUAUCAAAAUAAAUAACCAAUCAACAUUCUUCUUUUUUUAUACUUCCGCAGAUACCAAAAAUGCUUUCCUCUUCGCAGCCAAAUAUAUGGCAUUAUUGGGUUUGGAGUUUCUGUUUUCCAUGUUACAGUUGUUAAUAGACAAGAAAGGGAAAUAAUGUGCCGGGUUCAUUUUGUUUCCCAUAAAACAUUGAAUCGGCUCUGUUAAUUGUUCUUGCUGCAAGUUUGUAUGCGUGUUAGCUAAAUAUAUGGUUUGUUAAUUCUGCUUCCAGCUGGAAUAGUUCUAUUUAUAGCUCUCAGGAAUAGCAUAGAAACUCGUCUUUUUCUGCAAGAAGGGACUGGAUUGUCACCUGCCAUUUUAACUCAGUCACGGUAAUAACUGCAUAAAUGUUUGCAGAGAUCUAGCGACCAAUAGAAAGGUAUGAACAUUUCAGAGUUGCUUAAGGGAAAGGAGGAGGCUGCUGCCAUAACGUAUAUUUGUUUGUUUGUUUGUUUGUUUGUUUGUUUGUUUGAAACGUAUGCAACCACUUUAAAGAACGUUUAGCUUAAAAUAAGCAAUACAGGGUUUCAUGGUGCCAUGGACUUACUGUCCUGUGAUGCAGCGCUCUAGUAACACUAAGGCCUGGUUCAGGUUAAAAGCAACCCCACAGGGAGAAGGUGUGGCUUUGUAAGCUGGCAGAACUACUGUAGAGACACUAAUUUGCAAGCGCAAAUGGGGGUUGCCUCUAUGGCUGUGAUUGUGCAAUGACACGACCCUUUUUGUGCGUUGCCACUGUAGCUCAGAUUUGCACGUGGCUGGGUAGGGCGUGCUAUAAAAACACCAUCCGAGGUUGAGUCCUACGCAAACCUGGUGGAAGCCCUGGUUGUUUGCACGGAGGCGCCAUUAGUCUGAACCCUUAGUCAAGCGGUGUCAAUGUUUUAAGCAAAGUGGCCGUAAUAGGAAAGUAGAAACAAAUUGAACUCUUAGGAGCGAGCCGAAGCACAUUGCUCAGUCCAAAGAACUGUGCAUUGUGGUUACUGUCUACCUCUUUGUUUCACCUCUGGAUUUUGUUUGGGUUUGGAUUUGUGUUCUUUGUGCUGAUGAUGAAAGUGUUAUUUUUUAAAUCAAAAUCAAAAUGAGGGUAGGGGGAAUGAAGUUUAAAGCACUACAAGAUCCGGUGCUGACCAGCCCCGUUCUGCACGUCCUUGACAAAAGCCAUUGUUUUUAAUUCCUAAUAUAAAUAAUGUUUGUAAAGUUCCUUCCUGCUAGGAGGAAAAUAUGUAUUUUUAAAAAGGGGGGGGGAUCUGUCUUUUGGCUAUAAGAAUGUCAGCUGUAUGAGCAGGUGUGAUCAUAUCAUAACAUGCUGAUUGGAUAUAAAUCAAUAAAGUUUAUACCUCUCAGG